GCCUAGUACGUUUUCGUGCGGUUUUCGAAAAUUGCUGCACAUUGCAAAAUGAAACUGAUUUGAGGCGAGUUCGGUGACGAAGACGCUUGAACCAAGCGGUUUCCUCCUUAAAGAUGUCCCAUAUAUUUCACGGGGUUCAAUUUUGUGUUGAUUUCGCCUCUUCACUGUUGUCAUUUAAAGAAAAGCAAGAAAUUCGUAGAAAUAUAGUGGAUAAUGGAGGAACAUUAUCUUACAUCUUAACAAAACAGGUACAGUUGACGCUCAUUUAAAUCACCUUUUAACCCAAUUGUCAGUCCCUUAGUGAUUUGUUUUUCUGAUGUUUUAUUGUCUGGCUAGAAAAGAGCCUCACUUUUACAUCGAUGACAGGAUCGAAUAAAACUCACAUAAAUAUUAUAAUAUUGUUUUAAAUUAAUGCUGGCUGACAGCUGUAUUUUCCGCUUUCUCUUUGAAUCGCCCAAAAGAGAAGCAAGAGAAAUUGUAAGCUGAAAAAUCAUUCUAGUUCAUCAAUUUUACGUCAACAAAUACGAACUUGGGUUGGAUUUUGCAUAUGUAAGACGGCCAAACCGGUCGACGCAAGAACAACAGAUUUGAGCCGUUAAGUUUUACGAGUUUAUUGAACAAACAGGAAAAACGGGAACGAGAAACUAAAAUACAAAAAUAAAGCAAUAACUACAAUAGGCUAAAUUAUAAAAUAAUAUUGCUACAAACUAGGGAAAUAGAAAGCUAAUAAACUAAGCUAAAAGGACUAAAAUAAUAAACAAAUAGGAAAAUAAUGUAACAUACCAAAUGUUGUUGAUAACUAAACAUCCGUGGGAGACUUGAAAAUGUGCUUGACUUGAGGACUUGCUCUACUUAGGUAAACCAACUGAACCAACUGAAUUUACUGAGCAAAUGGUUGCCAAUUUAUAAUAAAUUUGGAGGAAAAUCGAAAAUAACUAAAAACCAAAUAAGGCUAGGGAGUGAAUUUACUGCUCACUAAUACAGGAUUUACCUAAGGGAACUAGGUGUUUACUACUCCUACACAACACACAGGAAAAAAUAACGUAUUCCCAUUUUUGGAUAUUUUAGGGUAUUUAAAGAAUACCCAUAUAAAUCCCAAAUUUGGCAAAGUGAGACAAGUCCCAACCGGGGAAUUCCCAACUAAGUUCCCAGAUUGCGACUUGUCUCACUCUUCCAAAUUUGGGAUUUUUGUGGGUAUUCUUUAAAUACCCUAAAAUAUCCAAAAAGGGGAAUCCGUUAUUUUUUCCUGUGACAGGAUUUAGGUACAAGAAAUGUGUGGGAAUAAUAUAACUACACGUGGUAAACACAAUAAGGUGUGUACAUAAGGAAAUAAAGAUAUUUAGGUAAACAACCAAUUAAUAAUCAUUAGGAUAAUGAGUAUAGUUGAAAAUAAUUUGGAAAUAAAAUAAGCUUAAAAUGAACUUAAGUGACUUUGUCACACAUACACGUUUCUAUUAAGGAAUCAUGCAUGGGAAACUUGCUCCUUCAAUUUCCUGUUUCUAAUGUGCAGUUGGUGGGACCGAAGACGUAACUGAAACUUCUGAUUAUGCAUGGCUAAAAUCCUGUUGUUAGCCUCUACUUCAUCACAAUAAUAACUUAUAAUAAGAAGAAAUAAAGUACAAAAGGAUUUGACCUUUGUAAGGCACCCUGUUUCCUAUUAGUGAUUCUGAUCCUUAGUGUUAUUUCCUGUUAAUUCUUAAUCACUACAUAAAUAUUUAUUAUUCAUUCAAAAUAUUUCCUCAAUUCUGAUUGGCUAAAAGCACACACAUAAUUCACCAUAACCAGUUACUGAUGACCAACUUUGGAAGAAUUUUGUGUUUAAUGAGGAAAUGAUGUCAAAAAUGCAGCCUCCUGCAGGUUAAUUAAUGCACUGUUAAGUGAAAAGACCUGGGGACGAGUUUGAGUUGUUUUUGUUGUAAAAACUAAAAUGGCAGACACUUCACUUGUUUCAAGAGUAAGAACUAGAGCUAAAACUAGCUGAAAUAAUGGCUAAAAACAUAGCGAAAACAGCAAGAAGACAACUCAGAGGGCGACAUCUGCUAUUUGGAGAUUAUUUGUGGCGCUGGACAAGCCUAAACGUAAACUAUCGAAGAUAAACUUAACAUCGAUUCAGGUAAGCUUGUGUUAGCUAUGUUUUUAAACUAGGAAUUAUUUUGAAUGAAUAAUAAAACAAUUAUUGAAUUCUGCUUUCGUAUCAUAUGAAGAAUUAGGGAGAUCUCGGAGCGUGUUAUCCUCGAGGCCGUAACACCCUCCUCGAUCUCCAUAAUUGUUCAUAAUAACAGAUCGCCAUGCAAGGAGCUUGCACCACAGGUGUUAUUUAGCUGAGUUUGGAGGAAGGGGGCACAGUCAGGGACAAGGGUGGAGCACAACAGAAGGGAAGAGAAAAAUAAUACAAUCCAUUAGUAUCUGUCCAUUGUUCUCUUGCAACCUGUCAUCUGUAACUGGAAAGUGGUCAUUGGUCAAUAUGACAGUAUCUCAUAUUGAUCAUGAGCUUAAUUCUCCUUUUAUUUUCUGAAGAUGGGUUUUCAUUUCUUACCUGCUUUUCCUUGACAAACCAGCAGCAAACUGUAAUCAGCAGUGUAUGAUUGAAAGCUUUUUGACUGGUUGAAAUGGUUAAAACCGUCUGCCAAUGUUGCGAGUGGAAGAGUCAGGGAGCCAAAAUAGACUGGUUACAGGCACUGUCAUCUUUCUAAUCUCUUCGUCUUGAUUUCCUUGUUUGUCCUCUUAUGUGCUUGGCUAUAAUACCUCACAAAGCGACGAUCGUUACGGUGGUGGAUCCAGGGGAGGGGCCCCGGGGGUCCACACCCCCUUAUUUUUAGACCAAACUGAGGCCCGAAGGACCGAAAAAAAUUUUUUUGGAGACCCCCCUUUUCUAAGGGUCUGGAUGAACCCCCCCCCCCCCCUUAUCUCAAGGUCUGGAUCUGGCACUGCAUUAAGCCUCGAGCGAAACAAGGUUAUAUUUUGUCAGAAUUCGCAUCACGUGUGACUCCCACGAGGAUCACCAAGCAAAGUGUGAUCUUGCGUUGGCCGUAAAUAUCUCUCUCUUUCCAUCGGUUUGGGCGAAUGCAGUUGCCUAGCAACAAGGGAGCAUGUAACAAACCACCACAAACCUGCCUGGUUGUUUGAGCGGCCGUUUAGAGGUCAAGAAAUGCUUUUAGUGAUAAAUUUUGAAGAUAGAAGUACUUUUAACAGAAUAUGGAUGUGAGUUAAUUUUGGGCCAUGAGCUUCAAAAUGACAGUGCAAAUCACAGCAAGAAAGCAUAUGCUUUGUGUCCUACUUCCCAGAUGAGUUAUAUCAGCUUUGUUGGGCAUACAUUCUUUAAAUGCAAUGAAAUGGGCUUAAAUAAGGUUUUUUACUGUCAAAAGCCCAGUUAUUUUCCUGAAAUAUAUUUGUGUUUAAUACGGUUGAGUUACAGGCACAGUCAUCUUCCUAAUCUGUUUGUCUUGAUCAUUUUCCGUACCCUUAUUCAAUCAUCAGUUGAGUAGAGUCAGCGAUCAGUUGAAAUUAGUACAUGUAACUUGUCAGUGAUUAACUUUAAAAAUACACAUAACCUAGAUGGGUCAACAGCUGAGCCCGUGUAUAGUCUUGUGAUACUGGUUAGCAUCAGCAGGUACCCUGUUUUGACAGCCUUCAAUAAAUUGAACACAACAUGGAGUACGUUGCAGGCUUCCACACUAGGUAGAAAGUGUGACAUUUUACGCUGGUUUCAUUGUGGUGUGGAUGGAUGGGUGGACAUAUGGUCACAUGACUUCCAAAAUUUCUUGGAUGGAUAGAUAACCAAAUUUUCUUAGCUAUGGGACUCUGCUAUCAAAUAAAUACAUGGUUUACUUCAGUGAAAGCAGUUAAACAAGGUCUUCCUUUUGACCUUUCUUGCAUUAUUUUAUUUGAUGGCAAGUGCACAGCACUUCUAAGACACAAUAAAGCUGCAUUCACUCAAUCUAACCCAACUUAAUAAGCUUAUUGCCAGGAUGUGGACCAAAAUAUUGACCACUCUUCUUUCUAUUCCGUUGUAGAUAAGUUAUCUGGUGACCAGUAAUUCAGAGAGAACAUUGUCUUCAUAUAAAGGAAGAACUGCAGUGAAGAAUGGAAUUGCAGUGGUGUCUAUUGAUUUUGUAAAGAAGUGCAUCGAGUCAGGAAAGCUGCUUGAUCCUCAACCGUACCUUCUUUCAGAAACACGCGAUUCACGGAAUUUUAGUUCAGGAAAAAUAGCUUGUAUGUCAUAAAUUCAAUUUUUUUAAUGAUAUGAUAAAUUUUUGUGUAAUUGGAAUUUUCUUGAAAUAACAUCAUAGCUGGGAUCACAUUUUCAAAGUGAAAUCAUCUAGCCUCAGUCUGCCCCUAUGGCAGGCCACCAGUGUCUCACUAUAAUGGGGAGAUAGUGGUUAGUGCAGGAAUUUUUAUUUCUGUUCCAAGCAUCUGGCUUGAAAAUAAAGUCUAGCCAACAAUGCAACAAAAUGACCUGCUGCCUUGAGCGGACUUGAGCAAUAUAUUCACCAAUUCCCAUGCAUUACCAAAAAUAACUCAUGGCUGUUUGUAUUGAUAUUAAUGUUAUUCCAACUGGGAAUGAAUAAAUUAGAAAAUAAAUUAUGUGGUUACAAAUUCAGAGUGUCUAAAUUACUAACUAUGGAGCACUUCAUUCUUCAUUGUUCAUUGUCUUUCUAAUUUGUAGGUCAGAGUGAAGUCAACAAAAAGCAGACAAAAAGUGUGAAGAAACUCCGGCUUCCAGAUAUCAAUAAAAUACAGUAAGUUAACUCAUAAUAAAGCCGUAUUAAAAUCAAGCUUAAAGUAAGCUAGGCUUACAUGAUAUAACUAUCACAGUUGGCAUUUCUUUUCAGUAAAAUCAAGGGUCAGUACUUUCUUGCAGUAAAUCUAAGUUUAAUUUUAAAAAAAACUCUUUGGUCUUUUCCAGGGUUUGGAAGUACAAGUCAGCUGAUGCACCCGUUUUUGAUGAGCAGAGCUAUGAAAUUGCUAAAGAUCUGGUACUUAAGGUGGGACAUUAAACAUUUCGAAUGCCACAUAUCAUUGUUCAUGAGCCAAUCAUCUGAGGGGCACAGAACAAAAAUUAUAGUAUUUCUGACGACCUCUAAGCUUAAAAAUGUUAAUAUCUGAAUGGGGCACCAGGAAAGAGUUUUUUAAAGGAGUAAAGGUAAAAGACACCUCAUCACUAAGGGGUAUGGAUAUUGAAAUACAGUUGAACCUCCGCUAACGGCCACCUCCCCACUACAGCCACUUUUUUUCGUCCCGGCGGACAAAAAAUCCAUACAUUGACUCUAGUUUAAAACCUCUCUACAACAGCCACCUCUUUACAACGGACACUUUCUCCUGUCCCCAAGGUGGCCGAUGUAGAGAGGUUCUAACCUUGGUGGAAUGGCCCUGAGGGAUGGACACCUGUCUUUAUGCUGACACUUUUUGUGGUCCUUUGGGUGUGUGCUUGUGGGGCUUUAACUGUAGAUUUAAAUUUGUUGUAAUUUUCCUUUUUUAGGGUACAGAUUCCUCUGGUAGUAUUGUUUCAUUUUAUAGUCUGGAGCUGCAUGUUGUUCCUCGACAAGUACCUUGCAGUGGCUCGAGGUAUCGGCUUUUUACCCAUCAUGGGAAUCUCAAGAGGCUAAGAGUAAGGAUUAUCUUUAUAUUUUUUAUUGGAAAACAAGUGAUCUUAGGCUUGUUAUUUACUAAGAGUAACACCAUAUCCUACCGCACAUACAAUAAAAUCGUAUCCCUCACGUGGGGCUAAAAAGCGUACAUUAUGUUCUGUCAGCAAGGCCUACAGCAGAAUGAGGCAACUUGAAAAAACAUCACCAUAUUCACCCCUGGAAAUUUUGGUAGCCUGUUUCAGGCGUUCAGAUAGUAGAGCGUGGGAGAAAAAUUCCGCCGCGUUCUACUAUCUAAACGCCUAAAACAGGUUAAAAUUUUGGAGGAAAACACGUUUUGAAGCUGUUGAGUCAUUUUUUAGUCCCUAUCAUUUUACCAAAAAGAAUCAAGACUGCCCUAAAAGCUGUUAUAUGCUGCUUUCUGUUGCUGCUGCUAAAUAUGAGCUUCCAAAGUUUGCCGGAUUCACCAGCACAGAAGACAAAUUUUUUUUCGUGGUUAAAAAAGUGACACUUCCUCCCUUCCUUCUCUCCUUCUUGAUACUUUUACUUUUUUCCCCGCUUUUUUUUCUUUUUUCUGAGCUUUUACUAGGCUUUACUUCGGUGGGAAAGGUUUCCGCGAAAAUGCCAAGGGUCGUGAAAUUCUUUGAAAGGAAGUGACUGGUGGGUAGCGGAACAAUAUUUCCUUUUGGUUUCUUUGGCCUGUUUUACUAAGUCGUGCUCGUUCGGGUAUGGUUCGAAAGAUCUCCACCUCCUGCACAAGUCAGGUGAGAAAGAUAAAACUGAUAGAGCCGCAAGUGGAACAAGGCUAUUUGCGAUGAUAUUUCGGAGUUGCCUCAAGCCUCUGUUUCAAAGCGAGGUUAAGUGCAAAUCCAUUGAUAUGAACGUGAAUUUUUGUUCGUGUGCUUAUAAAACGAGUUCAUUUUCACAAGAAAGAUUUUGCACUUAGGUUCGUUUUAAUGGUGAGAGUUUUUGGAACUCGGAAAUGUCCUAUUAGUUAACAAAACACACGAACCAAGAUUCAUCAUGCGCGACGCUCACACCAGGUCACUGCUCUGUGCUGGCAAAAUAUUUUAUUUAUGUUAAUAAAGAUUAAAACAAACUUCAUAUUCAACAGGAAGGAGAUCCUGGAACCAAAGAGUGCAGAUACUUCAGUACUGUGGAGGACGCUCUUGAUGCAUACACUGCUUUAGACACUCAACAGACACAGGCACCGUACAGUUUGACUAGGGCUGAGUCAGUUCUUUCACACAAAAUUGGUUCUGAUAAAAUGAUUCAGGUUUGUACGCAAAAGUAUUUUUUGUAUUUCCCCUAUUAAAUCUCAGCCGUAUUUUAAACUUCUUGAGUGCAGUUAGAAGAGCUUAGUGAUUGGUUGCUAUGAUGUGUGGCCUUGUCAAUAAAGGGUGGUUCAGCUUAAUCAAAACGUCUUUCAAUUUUAUUUGGGCCGAGUUAAGAGUGUAGUAACCUUUUUAAAGUCGGCCAGUAUGAAAAUGCUCAUUUUUUUUCGAUAACCUUACAGAAGGUUUAACAAAUUUACACCCAGUUUUUCUGCUACAGGUAGUAUUGUUUCGAUCAAUGGUUUGAAUUUUAAAGAUAUAUGGAGUUUGUUUCCAACUUUUCAGUUAACGUGCCAAAAAAAGGAAUAUAAAAUUUUUCAACCAAGGGUAAAAUGAACUGUUUCAUAGAUACUUCAUCUGUUUCAUUGUUUCGGUCUCACUUUCUUCUCAUUUAAUUGUUUCUCUAACAUUAUUAGAUAAAGCCAAAGGUUUCCGUCCCCCCUUUUCACCCCCUCCUCACCGUUUUUGUUCCUCCCCUCUCUUUAUAGACUGCAUCAAACUAGCGCCAAAGGUGCAGGAGCCUAUUCGUAAGUGUUAAUAAUGCACCUUCAGGAGCCUGUUUAAGCCUCCUGGCACCUUUGGCGCUAGUUUUGAAAAAGACGGAUGUCAGGCGUCGAACCCGUUAGCAGUAAAACCAUUUUUUUUUUGCCCAUUUGUGAAUGCCUUUUUAUAGCGGAAAAUUUGGCUAUCGCGUUUCAUUUUGCCAAUUGCUCGCCCUCAAUCGCCAUGGAACUUAAAGCACCAUGGGUUCGAGACAAAAAAAUUUCCUGCGCAUUACUAUUGAAGUUCCAAACAGAAGAGAUCAACUUUGAAAAACUAUGGUGAAAGGCCCAAAAUUCCCAUCCGUGUUCUCAGCGUUAGGAGAGAACCCUGUGAACGAGGUAAAUUUUUGUAUCUGGGUUUAACGUUUUAAUGUUUUAAGCAUUUUAACGUUUCCCUUAAGUUAACGGGCAUUUUGUAAUUACCUAAUUAGGCUGAAUUUCGUGAAUUAAUUCCCAAUGGUAAAAGGCAUUUAUCUGCUGGUAAAUUAUAAUGUGGGGUUUACCGUGCGCUAUUGGUUGCGGAAUAAUUCCCAAGGUAAUUUAUCGUCGAUGAUGGCGGUAUUUUGUCGAUGAUGGCAUGUUGUGUUAAAAAUUUUCCUAAUAAAUUAAGCUGAAUUUUUAACUGGUAUGUUAGUCCUGAAAAUUUAGCGAGGGUACAUAGCAUGUUACCUUGACCUUAGAUUCCAUUUUACAGUUCAGAUGAAUCUCACUGCUCAAUUGCAUGCUGGAAAAGAAAACAUUUUUUUGGAAAUAUCGUUCCUAAAUCUAUAUAGCUCAACAAACCAGUCCAAAAUUUUGCCUUAAAAUUUCCCUGUUACUUUUAUCUUAACUUAAAAUCGGCCACGUAGACAUCGAUCUUUCUCUUAACAGCGCGAAAGAACAGGGUUGCCACGGUCAGGGAAAAAUGAGGGAAAAACGAAAGUUUUUUAAGGUCAGGGAAAAGUCAGGGAAAAACUUUGAUAUUAUCGAGGUCUAGUUUUUUGUUAAGGUUUUCCAGCCAUAUGGUCCCCCCUAAAGUUAAGCAUAGAUUUGUAGAUUUCUUUGCAAUGGUUCCCAGGUCAUUGUCUAAAGUAAAUUUUAAAUGCAUAAACGAAAGCUUCGCUUUUAGCUCUGGCUAAAUCUAUAUAUUCACUUUAAUCCAGAUAACAGUCAGUGAACAUUGUCCCGAGGAAGAUACUGUGCUGUCUCCUGAGGUCGCAAACCUGAUUGACUUUAUUUGGAAUGAGGCAACUGGCAGUCUGUCGGACAUUCUCGCAGUUUCUGCUGAUUCUAUUAAACUUGAGGACGUAGAAAAAGCCGAAGCAGUUUUGCUUCUACUAAAGAGGUCUCUGGAUUCUGCUGAGGAUUCUAGUGUACUCAAGAAACUUUCGGAUGAGUUCUUCUCAAUUAUUCCUCACAGGAAUACAGGAACAGCGAUAUCAUCCAAAUAUCUUAUUGCACAGAAGCAGGAUCUAUGCCAGGUGAGGGCCAGGGCUUCUUCGCGUCAGGAUAACGUUUUAUUCCAAAUCACAGCAGUUUUUGUUGACAGUACAACGUAUUUCAGUGCAUUACAAAGCGGAUUAGUGAUAAAAAACUAAUGAUCAAAUUGGGGAUUCAUCUUAAUUUACAACUACUCGGAAAUGAUCUAUCAUAUUUUUUAAGCAUUAAUUAAUUCAGAUAAGUGUUUUCAGCAGUUUAUUCCAUUUCCCCCGCACACCAGUUGUGGAAUCUUGAUAUUUAUUUGACUCUGAUACUCUUAAAGCUGGAGGCUUGAAUGACACUGCACUGCACGACAAAACUUCUUUUGGUAGCAAUGUAACUGUAGGUAUCGUCACAUGCCAAUGUAUAUUGACGCGGCAGUGCGAACGCUUUGUCCGUUUUUUUUUUUGUGAGAAAAAGGACGUUUCAUUUCUGUGGGUAUUUGCUCAUGGACAGUACCUGAACCCGGCUGAAAUAUUGACUGCUGUGUCUUUCAACAGCUAAUCAAAGACAUGGUGAGUGUUGGCGAGUCUACAAACUGGUUAACAAGGAGAAGUCUUUACUCCAAGUACAGAGCACUGAAGUGUCACAUUGAGUGGUUGCAGCAUGAAAGUGACGAGUUUAAGAAAAUUCAGGAACAUGUUAACGCAAGUGAAACAAGGUAAAAGAAACAAGCAAAAAACACAUUUAGCAUAGCAUAACAGUUAGUUUUCUGGUCACGUGAUACGUAAACGCUGUGUUGAUCAGCAAGCAACUUAGUGAGGGGAUUUUCGUGGCUCUCUAACCGUGAUCUUUGUCCGCGUUCUUUUCGUGCUGGAAGUCGGAAAUAGUGGAACAAAUGCUCUGGCCAUGCGCAAUUUGGCUCCGGAUGCACUGUUCGGGGGCAAUGGCGGCCCUGUAUUUCCCCAAUUAAUUACAAAAGAAAACAAUCAUACUUACUGAUGUCGCUGACAGGUUACUUGCCUCUGCCUUGGGCAUCGUCACGUAAAGGAUCUGCUCGCCACUGCCGGACAGAUCAGAUUUGUUGCUUCACUCCGGUCUUAAUCAUUUAAGAUCUGUUCAAUUAAUGUCCCACUACGUUGCAAGCAUUCCAUCUCGGGAAAUUUUUGUGCCACGAACUAAGCAGCUGUAAAUGACCUUUUGUUCUCCAUGUAGAAAUCUUGGCCAAUCUUUCCAUGCUAAUAUAUAUGUGGUAUUUCUCUUGUCUCACUUUUUCCUGUGUCGUGUUUUCUCAGUCCCUCCAAGAUCCAAGUACUCAACGUUUUCUCGAUCAUGCGUCCAGUAGAAGAAGGCACUUUUUCCCACGACAUUCAAAAUAAAAAACUUCUUUUCCAUUCUUCAAAGGUGAGAGCAGGCUAGGAAACUCUUAAUCUGAUUCUUAUGUCUUGAGACUUUGGACGGCGCCUUAGAAAUUCUUGUAGAUUUUUUUUUUUGAUUUGAUCAGUUAUUUGAAAAUCAAAGGUUAAAUCCAAGUUACUUGACAAGGUGGAAUUGCAUUUUUGUGUUGUAAGAUGGAAGCUCUCCACUAGGACUUACUGCAGUUACUGGCAUGGUUUGUUGAAUUGUGAUCUAUGUAUUCUAUGAAUGGCUUUCAAGCUGGUCGUUUUAAAUUUUAUAGUAGUUUCCACGUAGUUUAAAACCAAUUCCCUUCUCUUUCAUUGCAGGUGACAAACUUCGUGGGUAUUCUUUCAAGGUCAGUUCAGUGGGAAGUGAAGUUAGCCGGUGUCAAACGUUGAGGGAGGUCCAGAUAAAUUAUUAUAUGAAGUGGAUCGCAGUCUGAAUGACGGACAAUUGAAACAGCAUCUUUAUUUCAAGCUUUGCUCAGACAUAAUUUAAGUUAACAAAUGGUCAGGAUGUUUAUUCAUGCCUUAUUCUGACACUAUGUGAAGUGACACUUUUUCAUUCUGCUCAUAUGCCUUGUCAGUAACUGUUCAUGCUCACUUUGUGGGUGGUUAAUUUUGAAAUGUUCUACAAUUAGUAUAGAUUUAAGCCAAUUUAUUUUCUAUUGUUCAGUCGAAAAACCGCAUAAAUCUUUACAAAGCUAGUGCCAUGCUCAGGGAGAAUUUAGGAAGCAACACUCCUGUUUUACAACACAGCUUGUCGUAUAAGGAAGCAACGUGGCCGAGUGGUCAGCGUAUCGGACUCGUAAUCCCGCGGUCCCGGGUUCGAGUCCCGCUCUGGUCACUUGCGGGAUUUGUUCUCGGUCGUCCCGAGUUCAAAUCCUCGGCCAUGCCUGUAAAUAGCCCGAACUGGCUGUCUCCUGCCGGUUUGGGGUUUUUAAUACUGUUGUGUUAUAUCUGAAUAAUUUGUUUUUAAGUAUUUAAGUGGAGUGCCUGUAUUCUAGCUUGAUAAGUGCACUUUCCUCUAUAAACAAACCUUAACCUUAACCUUAACAGCGCUUUCAUGAUUGCAGUAAUUAUUUUCAAAGAAUGUGAAUUACAAUUUUACGUAAUGCUUGUCUUUUCUUAGGGGUCUUUUAAUGCCUAAAAUUAUUGUGGAGGAUUUUGGAGGGAAACGAUCAGAUGCAGGGAUGCUGGGAAGUGGGAUCUACUUUGCCAGUUCAGCAAGGUUGGAAUGUAGUUUUUGGUGUUGCUUGUUUUACCAAAUGAUAAAGGAGUAGUUAAGCGCAAAUGACUGCCAGUGGUAGGACAGGUUUCGCUCAGCUAUUUUAUCUCUCCGCAUUCAGUUACCGACCUCUAUACCCAGCUGACACCCAUGUUUUGUAAAAUUCUCACCCCUGCCUCUAUAAUUCAACAAUGCACCACUAAGCCUAGUACCACGUUUGCAAUCCCAUAACUUUGUGUGAAUAACUGAAACUUAGCAUCAUCCUCAAAGACGCUGAAAGCUUCAUUGUUUAGUUGUAAAGGAGACUAGUUUGAAAUAUUUGGACAGUGCGCCUCAUAACAGGGCAACAGAUAAAUAAAGGUGAAAUCGAAUACAGUUUUUCGUAAUCAGAUGGUUCCCCGUACCUUUUAUACUGCAGCACGAGUGCUAAAUAUUCCGCCGCAGCUAGCAAUGGAACAAGACUCAUGUUAGUCAAUGAGGUUGCCCUGGGCAACAUCAAGGUACGAUCAAUAAUUUAACUUCAUGGUAUUUAUUUUUAUCUAACAAGUAAGAUUUUAUCUCUUCCAAACUACAUUCUCGUAUACUGGGUAAUUCCUAUUCUUGUUUUCACUUGGCCUUGCCAACUUGUUUGUUUUCCCAUACACAAAAAGUUUCUGGAAAUUCCGGUUGAAAAGUAAAUUGAUAAUGCUUUUCGUGUCGUUCCAGAAGAAAAUUUCCUGGAGAUACCGAACAUCUGAAAAACUAUCUUUGAUACCAGUUUCAGGCUUUCGCGGACAUUUUUUUGGAAAAGGAACUGGUUUGUGCAAAUGGUAAACACAGCUACGGAAUAAAAUUUACCACUUCAGAAUCUUUCUUACCAUAUGCCCAAACCGUUAAAUAAAGAAAGGCGACCGGUUUGCCCGUGUAUAUGCUAAACAACCCUUGUAUUAAUUAAAGGAGUUGAGGAAAUUUUCCAUGGAUCUGACGUCCGCUCCAACUGGUUUUGACAGCUGUCACGGAGUACAGAACACAGAGGGUGAGCCGUCAGAUUUUAAGGUCAGUUGUUAGCCUUUCUGUCCUUUUCAACUCUUGUGCGUGCAUGGAGUUUAUUCUCUGAAGUUAAAACUAAAAAAGUUCUUGUGUCUUAUCCGGUGUAUUGUUUGUUUGCGUGGUUGACUUCCUCGGAUUAACGAAUAGUAUACCGACACGAAGUUUGUUUUUGCCUGGAUGUUUGUCAUUUUUGCCUGUUGAUCUAUAUGUUUAGCAAUUACAUUUUCUUUUCAUAUUUUUGAGGGCGUAAAAUGUUUCCCUCUGAAAAUAAGUGUGGGCAUAUUUUUUUAAUCAGCUGUACUCGGGUUCCUCUUAGUAAGACAGUUACUCCGCGAGGGGAGAUAAUACGAGGGAUGCGGGCUACAGCUCCCUCAAUUUGACCUUUUUUCGUCUUUUGUAAGGAUGACGAAUUUGCCGUCUACAGUGGUAACCAGCAGCGUCUAAGGUGAGUCUAAGCUGGGGUUAGCGGCAAAUUUAGCAACUGGGUAGGCUUGGACUUCCGUAGUAGUAUUACGGGGACUUAGAGCCCUAAUUAGAGCAACCAAGACGGCGACGCCGACGGGGACAACAAAAAAGCAAUGGGUCUAAUGAGCAAAAGAACAACUCUGCACGUGCAGCACACUUUUUUGUACAUUUCUUCGCCGUCACUGCACAACUACAACAUGAAAUUUUCCAAAAGGUGCGGUUACACUUCACCUUUUUACUCCAAAGCCGCUAACCCUUGUGAAAAUAGCUUGGGUUGGGUUCGCUCUUGUAUUGUUUUGGAUCACUUUCAUGUUUGCGAUUGCACGUCCAUAAACUGCCCAAGGGGAAGGAAGGACUUGAAACGGUUUUGCGAUAAAUGCGUUGUUAACAAGGAAGGCUUCCAUAAAUCGCAAACGUUUUCGACCAUUUUUACCCUUUUAAUAAAACCCCCACAUUCAGCCCUUAAUUUUGAGAAUUAAAACGAGGAAGUCGACUUCAUUCCCGCAAAAAUGAAAGGCAAAUUGUUUCUGAACAGUCAAAAGUACGGGUUUACAAACUGGUUCCAACGACUUCAUAAGAAAAGAAGUCUGGAACACUGAUGUAAAGAAAACUUGUGAGUGUUUCAAGAUGCUUUUGAAUAUAUUAAACGUAAAAACAUUCACAGCAGCGCUCAAAAUCCUGCUGUGUUUUGGAAAUUUGAGUCCCGUUUCGCGUAGGAUUUGGCACUAAGGCGAACACAGUGCGUAAACAACACGAGAUUUCUACUGUUUGGUACAUUUCACUUUCUCAGUUUCUCGUGAUUGGUUGAACUGCUUUGGGUUCUUACCUCGGGAAUUGUCAUGGGUAAUUCUUUUGUUCUCUCAUGACUUAUCCAUGGCAAUUCCCCGCGUCAGUUUCACCUCACCUUGAGAAAAUCGGUCACACACAGAAAGUUGCUUUCCCGAGGGUAGCAGCCAUUCAGUGGCCAUGGGUAAAACGGCUGACGACGUUAACACUCGACAACAAAUUUUUCUUUCUAUUUUUAAAGUUUAAUGUGCUUUCUAAAAGUUCAACUCCAGUAAAAAACUCGUUUACAUUUGACCAAUUAAGCCAGUUGAAAUAACCGCCAAAAUUUUAACAUGAAUGCGAAUGCACCUUAUAAAGACGUCCCUGUAGGCUUCUUGGUUACGUAAGGUAAUUCCCUUCAAAAUGAUGCACUAUUCAAAAUUUUUUCAAACUUGUCACAAUUGACAUUGAAAAUCUUUAAUGAAAAGGUGAGGUUACCAUGCGUGCUCGUUUUCGUCCUGUGUGCCCGUAAUUCUAAGUGCUUUCUCCUAGUUCCGUCAUUUUGGCGGGAAAACGCAAUAGCUGUCGUCAUUCUACUACGGGCUUAAGCGAAAAUAGCGUAGUGGCGGAAACAAGCUAUCAAAUGGUACAAGUUUUUUCAUGUUUUGAUCGGGAGAGGACUUAAACUCCUUCAAAAAAAAAAUAACCGUGUUAACUUUUCUGUUGAUAAAAAGUAAAAUGACACUUUCUGGCUGUCUUAUUUUUUUUUUAGACUUCGCGAAUAAAACUUUAAUUCAAAUGUCGUUCUCGUUCUCAAAUAUAAGUCUUUAUUGGAAUUUAUUUAUUGUUGGUAAAUAUUUCAUAACUGUCUUCUUUUCCCACUUUUUAGAUAUUUGGUAGAAUUUGUUUUGCCUGGCGAUAAUGUACUGCCCAGAGAUGACGUGUCUCUUGAUAGCGGCUUCUCAGACGAGGAAGUGGAAGACAUGGAGGGUAGGAUUUUCAUGAAGAAUUUUAGUUUUUUGGUUUGGCUGGAUUGUGGAAAAACUCUCGGUAAAUUCCGCGAGCGUACUCUUUUUUAAGCAAAGGCGUUUUGCCUAAGCGUAUCGCCAUUUACCUAACAAUUUGGGCAAAAACACUGCCCACGGAUUGCCAAAUGUCUACUUCAAGUUGACGUGCCUCGCUCACAAACGUUAUUGCUGAAGCUCGCCAAUAAUAAUCGCUAAAACGCCUCUUUUUCAUUAGAAGAUGUGGUAAUUAACGCCAAGGGUGGCCCUGAGAAGAAAAUAUGGGAAAGUCAAACCCCGUUAAUGAGGAGACUAAGCCGGGGGGCCAUAGAAAGCGUCUGUAUUAACGGAGUGGUCGUAAAACUGAGAAAGGUUUGAACCCAGAGUCAUUUCAUAAAUAGGUUGAGUAUGAUCGUCCGGGUGAACGUAGUGCUGAAUAGGGCUUUCGUUGUUGACGGUGACUGAGUGUCCUUAUUAAGCGGGAUGAAUUUAGGAAAAUGAAGGCCUUUCUUCCCCCAGGGACAAAGCUUACUGUUCGUAAUUGUGAGGUGUCCGUAUUAAGCGGGUUUUGACUGUAAAGGAUUCCAUUAGGGAGUUUGUUGUAACAUAUAAGCAGUGUUUUGUAUACAGUCUCUAGUUAAUAUUGGUUUUUAGUUUGGCCACUAAAUCCAAAGUCACGCGAGGUUUGGCCACUCAACUCCAUUUCCCGGCCGUCCUGUAAGUAAGUCCUAUAAGUCACGUGCUUUCUUGUGUUUUUAAGGCUCCGCUGUAGACUUGUCAGAUGUCAUGUCAGUUGUGGAUCCACUGACCAAAGUUGAAGCUGGUCUUAAGGGGACUGGGGAUAAGCCUCUUCCGCUCCAGUCAGUUCACAUCAGAGCCAAGCUUUUGGAUCUUGCUGGUCAGGUCAGCUUUUGAUCAAGCUGUUAACUCUCCUGAUGUAGUAUUGAGUACUCGUUGCUUACUUAAAAGUCUUGCCCUUGGAAUGGCUAAAGUAGCAAACUUGAUACCUUGACCGCUUGUUUAAGGAUCGCACGCGUAUAAAACUGCCACAACUAGUCGUCAUCGAUGAAAUAAGCGAUCUUUCUGCAUAGCCAUAGUUGUAGCUGGAUGUUCGCUUUCUGCAUAUACGUCGAAAAGUAGAGUGUUAAAGCCGUAUUUGUUAUACCCAGGAUACCCCCUAACCGUGUACAUUAGGACGAGGUAAGAAAAGCCCCACUAAUGCAAUGAAUUUUGUGAAAGUUAAUGUAAAACGUCACGUAAUUAUGCUUCCAUCAGGUGAUAGUGUUUCAAGCGUACAAGAACAAUAGUUCAUCACCCAUAGAAGCUAAAUAUGUGUUUCCCCUGGAUGACAUGGCGGCAGGUAUGUUUCUCUUCACACAAGCUGCUCUUCUUAAACAUCUCUAUUAUCUAUUAUAAAUUGUUAUUUUACUAAAUUGUCAAGGAAAGGCCUCAUCAAAGUUAGAUUCUUGCAUAAGACCGUGAAGCCACUAAGGAUGUCUUCCUCCGAACUUUGGAACCCAGUCUUUUCAGACUAUUUGAUAAUUGAUGUAAACUUUGUUGUUCAACGACGUGACAGGACGGCCCGCCCGUUGUAAGUUUGUAGCUUCUUUAGAGAAAGCUAAUAACAAUACUUUUUUCCUGUAGUUUGUGGUUUCGAAGCUUUUAUCAACGGUAAACACAUCGUGGGUGAAGUGAAAGAAAAAGAACAAGCCCACAAGGAAUAUCGGGAAGCCAUCAGUCAGGGGCAUGGGGCCUACCUCAUGGACGAAGAGACACCGGUAUGUCACGUGUCAUACUUGCUGAUAUUUCAACUCCUUGUUAUUUACACUUUGACAAAAAGAUGCGACAGGUCAAGUGAUUCUAAUCUUUGUGGAACUUUUAGAAAACCUUUUCUUGUGCAGGGUCUGCUUUCGUCAAAAUAGUAGAGGGCAGGUAACUAGCUGGAAGAAAACUUCGACGAGGCCUUUCUAUAAAUUUGAUAAAGGUGGUAGAAUCAUAUGCACUGUAUUUGUAUAGGGAAUAGCAUGAUUUGUAGAGAUAUUUGGCAUAAAUACCACACGUGAUAUUUCGAAAUUGUUAUACGUAAUUUCACGAGCCGUUAGCCGAGUGGAAUUUGAGACAAUUUUGAAAUAUCACGAGUGGUAUUUAUGCCAAAUGUCACGUACAAAUGUACAAAUGUUUGGUUAUUUGGCUUUUUUAGCACCUGCAAUCUUCGAUAGAGGUGAAAGCAAAGACUUUGAUUGUGACCUCACAAAUGAUCAUGAAUUACCUGAGAUACCAAGUAUGAAUGCUGUUAUCAAUCAGCAAAAGUAGAGACCGCUGGGACCGCUGGUAUACUUUUGUUUGCCCUACCUAGAAAAGAUUGAAAAUUGACGCAAUAUUGCAUUUUUAUUAGCAACAAAAAAUUGUUGAAUCCUUUAUAAGAAUCCAACGUUUAACCCUACGUACUGCGAUGAAACGCUUUAUUCACUGCAGUACGAGCAAGAAAGAUCUUUUUGUGGUAGAAGACUCUUUUGUCACCCUAAUUAUUUGUAAAUAAUCAGGAUGUGUUCACGGUCAGCGUGGGAAAUCUUCCUCCUGGAGCGCAAGUGUUGAUCAAGAUAACCUAUGUUGCUGAACUCCUGGUGGAGCGGGAACAUAUUUGCUUCUCACUUCCUGGCUCCGUGGCGCCAUGGAAACGGAAUAAGGCCCUAGAGGAGAUCACCCAGGUAAUAAGGCUUUGACACCCACCUAUUCUCCCGGGGAGGGGGGUAUUCAAAAACGUUUUAUACACACGGCGAGGCUCUGCUCCGAGGCCCAGCCUCUUAGUUACCCUUAUAUACACCAUUUGAUAGAAAAAGUACCCCUUUCACAUACCUAGUUUAGAACUUUGCAUACCUUAUAAUUGCUGUAAAUGCACUGAAUUGAAAAUAUUAAUAGCAAAAAUGUUUUCUCGACUUUGUUUGCUGCCAUAAAAUGCAUCUGUUAGCCCAUCUGUUUAGGCCGUCGUAGGGAUUACCUUAGGGCCUUAUCUCUGAUAUCAUGUCGACUAAGUGGUGGAGACAUUCACAAAUUUGCAAACAUCAGAGCGUGUUUUUUUUUUUUUUUUUUUUUUACUGUUUGGUCUUAUGCCUCCCUUAAUUUCACAGGAGUUAAUUUGUUAUUUUCAUCCGCAAAAGAGACGUUAAAAAAACAGACAGCAAGAACUUAGAAAUUAGAUGAAUAGCUUUUUAUCAAAGUUUGCGUUGUAUUGAAUAGAGGUUCUCUUAUAUUUUCCGGGUUUAAUACUUUUUCUUUUCAACUCAGACUGAUGUGGACACCGUACAUAUUGAUGAGAAAGGAUCGAGGUAAGUUUUGGAAUAAACACAAAUAUGACCUGUUUUGCGAGUCUUCCAAGACGUUAGCAGUUACGUUUGACGUUAAGCCCAGUCAAACUCUAUAAACGCCAGACGUUAGCAGUUAUUUAAAAAAUAAAUUUUCGUUUAUUUACCGUCGGCAGUAUUUAUAGCACUAAUGCUAGUGGGACCGAGCAAAUGCCUCGGAAACAAAUAAUUUAAAUCAAACACAAUGGGAUCAAGAAUCCCAACUGGCUGCAGGCAAACCAGUUGGCUAUUUACACUAGGGUGGUCGAGAAGUUGAACUCGGGGCUACCAAGAACAAAUCAAGCUGGCGCUCCGGGCGGGAAUUGAACUCGGGGCAUCCAAACUGCAAGUCCACACUCUAACUGCUCGGCCACGCUGCCUCAACGCUGCCUUGACGUUCAGCCCAGGCAUACUCUUCAUUUUGACACCAGACCUUAGAAGUUACGUCUUACGUUAGGUUUUAACAUGUAACUGUCCCCUGAUUAAACGAGUGGUACAUUGUCGUCUGUAAAUACUUCAAGAAAAGGGAGUCGGCCGUUUUCCCAGAUAAAUUGCAGUGCUAUCUGAAAGAUGCAAAGAUGUUCAACAUCGUCGUAGGAACUGUAAGAACUCAAAGUCGCCAUUGCAAAUAUUUAACAAUUAUUGGACGAGGUUGAGCAAAAUAUCGUGAUUUGUCUGUGGCGAGCAGAUCAAUUAUUUGACACUGACAAAUCACGAUAUUUUGCGAUAACCGAGUUCAAUAAUUGUUUUAUCAUUCGAUCACCGAGUUUUUUUUUGAUGAAUAUCCUACGGAAGCGAAGCGAACUGCCAUUUUCACGCAAGAGCGAUCGCAAGAAUGAGAAAAGCAAGGUUUCCUUUACGCAUGUGCAGAAUAUUAUUUGCAGCCAAACGCAGUUGGACGGCAUUGCGCAUGAGCAGACCAUUAUUUGUAGGCAGUUAUUUGUAGGUCACGUGGUGGGCUCUCGGCCAAUGAAAAGAAAGAAAAAUUUGCUUCGAAUGAUAAUUACCAUUACUAUUUUUGUCAUCUUUUCGUUUUAGUGAUGUCUUAGAUGUCUCUGUACAAGUUUCUGUAGAGAUGCCCUUUGACAUCCGCACAAUUGACUCUCCGUCACAUUCAAUUCGAAUUAAGGUAAGUUCGAACUUUUUUUCGCUCUUAAUGCGUGACAGUGAAGGAUUAUUAACCACAGAAAAAAGGCUGGCUCUCGCUCCGAGUGCUAAUUUGGCCGAUGACGUAUCGUCGGUAUUGAGGUCACGUGAAAUGUGUAAUAAUUACAAUCAAUUGCAAUUGCAUAGUCAAUACAGUGUAAGAAUGAACAUAUUUACUCUUCGAAAAUGAGUGUGAAGGUUGGGCGCAAAAUUUUCGACGUAAAAGCUUCAUGCACUGAUUAAAAACACUGCCCGAAUUUGGCGUGGGUACUUGAAAACGGCGGGUUCACAUUAGUCCUCAGCGAGUACCGUACUUAAGCACAGUGCGCUGGCACCAAGUGUGAACAAAGCCUAAGUUUGCUGUUGCUAUAGUGAUGGUUUUAUACCCUUGUGGCGUUCUUCUUGGUAGAGUGAUUGGUAAUAUUUGCCAUCAUGAAAUUUACAACCCCGGAAACCAACGAUUCACAAAAACUUCUUCUUCGUGUUAUUAUUUUUGUUUUUAAAAUUCAAAACACUGAGGUGUUUACUAUUCAGCUUAUUUGGCUGUUUAACACAAGGAAGAGGAUUUGUGUAAUUGCCAAAGUUUGAGUCCCAUUUUUAAUUGAAGUAGUUUUGAUCAGUUUUUCAAAUAAAAACGUUUGUUUACCUUUGCAUGGCCGCAUGUGGCCUUUCGUUGAAAAUUUCGAUUUUUGUUUUCUUUGUUCAACAAUUAAUAAGUAUCCUAUGCUGCAUGACACAGCACGAUGUACUUAAAUAAUUAAAGUUACGUACUGCAACCGUUUGCCGCAAAGCAGGAAACUAGAUCUUUUUGCCAAAGCUUAGUAGCUAUCUGUUUUUAGUGAUCUGAAAAAUUGUUAGACAACUUUAGAUAAGUAACGGUGUAAAACUGUCACAGUCCAAUAAGUGCCCUUAGAGUAUAAAUUUGGUCACAACACACAUUAAAAUUGACGUAGAUUUAUACUUGUAUAAUACUCUCUACCUAUAUAAUACUCUCUUAUGAGAGUGGAGUAGGUGACACUGCAGUGCUCAAAAUAUAUUCCAAUAUCUUAUAAACGUAUUUUAUUCAUGAAAGAGUUUUGUUUAUCGUUUGUCCCACGAUAGUCAGUGAUCAAUUCAGUGAGAUUUUUCUCUAUUUCUUUCUUGAAGCCUAUACAGUUAAAAGAAGGGGUGAAUAAAUUUUAUUUUUUGGUAAAGCAACGGAGAUGUUCAACUGAAUAUAUGCGGCUUGAAAAACUUCCAUAGUGAUAACCAUCUGCCUUGAAAGGAAAAGUUGUCGAGUUGAACAAGGCCUAUCGAGUUAAACAAAGCCUCGAAAUAUUACUGUUUGAUGUUUAAACUGCAUUUUCUAUUACCACGUGCUGACUUGAUGCAAUUUAUGGCUAAUAUCAGAGAAUACUUUAUUCAGACUAAUUCCGUCCGGGUUAUCUUUACAUGCAACUUCAGUAAACGAUAAUCAAUAGUCGUCGGUCUUCCAUAUCAACUACGGAGUAUAUCCUAUGAUCUUCAAUUGGUUCUAGAUUCCUUUUACAUUGCCUUUGAUGUCAUUUUCUCGCAGGCUUCUGUAAUGUCGGCAGUUUUCAUAUCGUGUGAAAGAUUUUAUGCUGUCAACUGGCCACUGAAACAUCGAACACUGUCAAGCAAGGCAUAUGCUUUCAUCAUAACAAUAAUCUGGACGCUGGCUAUUAUUGCUGGCGCCGUUUACUUCGUUAUGGAAAGACUUUUUUCAGCGAAAGCAGCUCUUUCUGUUUGGGCAGUAGUACUUCAUAUAAUUGUAUUCACCUUAUGUGUCUGCAACAUUGGUAUUUGGCGAAAGUUUCAAAAGAGAAAUGUCGCUUUUUCCCAGCAAAACAGAACUGUCCAAAACCAACGCCUGACUAAAACAUUGCUGUUCGUUUCCGCCGCCGCCGUGCUCUCAUGGAUUCCUUUUGUUACUCUAUACCAUUUAAUCAUGGUGCACAAGGUCUCUAUAUCCAUGAAAGUUUUUUAUUUUGCCAUCUUUCUUAAUUAUUCCAACUAUUUUAUUAACCCAAUUGUGUAUGCAUUGUUAAUCCCUGAAUUCAGACAAUCGUUGAUUUUGCUCUGCUCAAAGCGUCAGUUUUUUCCUUUCAAUUAAUAGCGAAUACAGAGAAGUAAGAGAUAUCGUCGUUUCUUAUUGGAAGUUGGCAAAUCCGCUGAGACAUUUUCAAACGAUCAUUCACAGCUAGCAUUCGAACAGGAAUCUUUGGACACCAAAUUGUGAUUUGGAUGCUUUCUCACUAUGUAUACUGACUGUGAAGGCACUCAGUGCUUGCGAACAUUUAGUUAAAUGUGGUUGAGGUAAAGGUAGCAUUGUUUAGUGGUUCUUCAGCUACUAUUCCUGAUCAAAUUGGAAUUUGGAGAUGUUGAUUUUUGAGGAGAGGGGAAAACCGGAGUACCCAGAGAAAAACCUCUUGGAGUAAGGGAGAGAACCAACAACAAAACUCAAUCCACAAAUAGCGUCGGCGCCAGGAUAUAAUAUUGGUUCUUUGACAACAUUAUGACAUGAUCGUAUUGCUUGCAUAGACGAUACAGCAUGUCCCGGCAACAAAACAGCAUUUUGAUAAAUGAGCAUGUGCUGAAUCGUGAACCUGUUCCUUUAAGCCAGCGGCGCUCUUGCCAGUUUUUUGUUUAUGGUUAUUAACGACUACAAGUUUUUCAUCUCAAACUGGAAUGAACUGUCUUUCUCUGUAAUAAUAAAAUUCAGGAUAUGUCCUUAAUAGCUGAAUUUCAGGCGGUCGUCUAUUCUGUAUUAAUCAUUAGAAACUUUCUCUAUUGUAGUGCGUAAAUGUGUUGUUCCGGGGUUUGUUUCAUAUUACCUACUUUUGCCAGGUCUUACUAAAUUCGUUUAUUUUGCCUGUAGCAGCUUUUUGAUGGUUUUUUAUACUGUUUUUCGUGAGUGUUUCUUGACUCUUCUCGGCAGUUACUACGUGCUUGCUCUCGUGUGUGAGAUGACUAAAGGUUGCUGGAUUAAUUUGCUAUGCUAUUCUGAUAAACUAAAAAAAACUUGAUGGCGCGCCAAGAAUUCCCCGUCGCCUUGUCAAUUUACUGAGGUCCGUUUUAAAUGUCAAUCUUCACAUUGCUGAUUGUGGUGCUAAUGAAGGAAAUCUAUUCUUCUCAAUCUAUUGCAUCAGACUCGGCACAUGUGAAGAUGAAUAUUUAAAACAGGCCUCAGAACUGAAGUUUAGCAUUAUCGAUUAUCAGAAAGGUUUGAAUUCCGUCAUCUAAUUAGUGUAAGGUAUUUUUUUGGCAUUACGGGUCACAUCAGAUUCCAAGUUCGGUUCACGUCGCAUAACUGCUUCAUUAAAAAAAAAACUUAGAUAGUUUAAUCCUGCUUUUUUUCUUUUUACUUCAAUAUCCUUUUGUGUGACACAAUCUUAGCCACAUUCACACAUUUGAGACUUUCGGAUGUCAACCGUUUUCAAAAUACUCCCUCCCCCGCCCCCCAACCCCACCUCUACAAAAAAUGUGCAUGUGUUCAAGAAAAAACUCAUGGCCUCUUUAGUUUUGCCAAGGUUUGAUUACCGUAACGGUUGCAGCUGUUGAUGCUUAUCAAAAAAGGUACAUAUUUGAACACAAUUUUAGAUACCAAUUAUUUAGCUGCCCCUUCUUGAUUGAUUAAAAUGGAUCUUGGUGUGCAAUAUAUGCCAACACUAAAGAUAUAUCCGUAUAUCAUGUUUACAUCUAAUGUUUGCUUCAGUUUUUCUGCGAAAAACCUCGAAGGAAACUGUAAAUAAAUAUAACUCGUUUCGGGUGUUAAACGAGUGUGAUUACGGAAAUGUUUGGAGUUGCAGACUUUUUAAGUCGAUAUUUGGACUUAAAGGCACCCGGAAUCUCCCACCGGCAGUAUUUUAGAGUUUUCUACAGCGAGAAAUCUUUAUAUUGGGCAACAAGCCCGAAAUAUUUAUGUUUUACAAUGUUUGCUAGGAUUGCCAAAAAAAACGGUGACUUGUCAUUAUUAUUAAACUUCAGAAUUUAUUGGCGGUCGAAGUUUGUCACAAUAACUCUUCCUGCCGCAUCGGUCAUUACAACCACUACGCCUGUACCAUUUCAUCAUCGACUCGGUUAAGCUCCAAGCAAUGGAAAAUACAUCAGCAAACUUUACCAAUACGUCAUGGUCAGCUAUGUUUUCCCCUUCUUUUCGUGCUGAAGGAAUAGCGUUGUGUAGCGCUUUUAUGCUUGAGGCGGUCUUAAUCGUCAGUGGGAACUUGCUAACAAUUGUUCUCUUUGCCCUGGAGAAGACUCUUCGCAAGAAAAGUUUGUUUUUGGUUGUCAAUAUGGCGUUCGCAGAUAUGAUGUUAGGAGCUGUAUCCGUGCCUUUGUAUAUUUACCUAGGUAUCGGUUUUCAUUAUCAGCUAUGGAGCAUCGCCUAUGCUCAUCAAGUACUGUUGUAUUUUUUCCUCCACUUCGAUAGCACUUUCUUGCAGGCCUCUCUAAUCUCAGCAGUUUUUAUAUCCUGUGAAAGAUUCUAUGCAGUAUACUGGCCACUGAAGCAUCGGACAUUAUCUAUGAGCACGUAUGCCAUUGCUAUUACUAUAAUCUGGACACUAGCUAUCAUUGCGACUUCCCUCUACACCGUCAUAAACACAUUUAUUUCCUCGAAAGCUUCUGACCUUGCUUGGGCAAUGGUAAUUUUGAUUUAUUUGUUCAUCUUAUGUGGCUGUAACAUUGGUAUAUGGAGAAAAUUUCAACGGAGAAAUAACGCUUUUUAUCAGCAAAACAGAGGCUCCCAAAAUCAACACCUGACUAAAACCUUGCUGUCUGUGUCAGCCGCGGCAGUGAUUUUGUUUCUUCCUCAUGUGGCUCUACAUUACUUAACCUCAGUUGGCGAGCUCUCUGUUUCCUUUAAGUUCUUUCAUAUUACAGUCUUUCUUAAUUAUUCCAACUCUUUUGUCAAUCCAGUUGUGUACGUAUUAAAAAUCCCUGAGUUUAGACAAACGGUGAAUUCCUGUCGUUCAAGAUGUCAGACUGCGUAUUUAAAUAAAGGCAUAGAGGGAAGAGAUAACAUCGUUUACAAUCUGACGUCGGCAACACAGCUGGGAAAAACACAAACUGAUGCUAAAUACAGUCUUCAGCUGGCUUUCGAACAAGACUCUAUGGACACGAAAUUGUGACAAGCUAUUGGUUUAUACUGUACUGAUGCAGUAUACAGUCAGUCUUACUGACUCAAAACGUCUUCCAAAAAAGUAUUUACGGUUAUCUGCUCUCUGAAGUAUAGGUGAACAAUACUUGCCUAUAAGAGGCAGAAACUAACGCCAAAAGUCGCCUUUUCGGGCCCUGAUCAGGAAGCCUAAGGCAACUACCAGAUAGUUAACUAAAAACGUCAAUAAAGGUGAAUUUGCGUUGUUUCAAACUUAAUCGCGUUUGUUCAGCAUCACUCAGUUUGUCAAAUAUCAGGGAAUUUUCAUUUACCGUAAAUGACCUAAUAGACACCCACUCCCAAAUAAACGCCUCUUGUCUAAUAAAAGCUCCCUCAGUUUACGCUGUUAAAAUUGUAUUUGACGCACGCCCCUCUGUAGUAAACGCCCCUGUCAAAUAGACGCCGCCUAUGAGAAUUGCUCCAAAAUACCCGGACUAACAAAAAGGAGCAAAUUCAUUCAAUUCAUUCAGUUUCUUGCUUGAUUAAGAAGGCUUUGCUUAUUUCAUCUUGUUCAAUGUGAAGUUGAAAGCAAGAAUAAACUAAUGAUUGCAGCACAAUAACCCUGAGCGAGUAUUCUGAAAUCGAUGGACUGGGAUUUGAAACAGCGAUAUGAUGUUUUCACCGAAAGCAUAUUAAAUUUGUUGAGCUUGUUAUAGUUAUGAGAAUAAACGCCUCCUAUCUAUUAAAUGCCCUCACUUGGACCCCUAAGUGAGAAUCGUUGUUGUGUAACAGAAAUAUAAGAGUUUGUAUGGGGAUUUUAGCAAUCAUUAUUUAGGGGUCAAAAAUAGCAAUAAAAAUUCAUCUACACUUUUUACCUUGCGUCCUUAUUUUAUUUAUGGUGUGUUGUUAGCCUUUUAGGCCGUUUGAAGAACACACCAUAAAUUUAAACAAAAAGGCAAGGUAAGAAAUUCUGAUGUACGUUUAUUACUAUUUUUGACCCCUAAAUAACGAUCGCUAAAAUCUCCUUACAAACCCUUAUAAUAUUUGUUACACAACAAGGAUUAUCACUCGUGAGCUUGGGGUACCUGGGGAGGAACGAGCGCAGAAAUCUCAUGUUGAUGGCGUUUUAGUACCCAGAUCUGUUUAGUGCUUCUGAUUGGUCGUGACGCGAGGGAAAUUUGUUUCAGCCAAUCAAAGCACUACACAGAUCUGGAAAGUGACACGUCAUUAGCACGGAAUUUCUGCACUCGUUCCAAACAUCCUUCUGAGCCGUUGCUCUAAUCCAAACCCACUCCUCUUGGGGGCCAUUAUUGACCGUUCUUGUUCAUCGAUCUCUUUAUCCAGCGGACAGCCACUAAAGCAGUAGUUUCACUGGAGGAUGGUCAGUCACUGGAAGACGGCUUCCAGCUUCUGAUUGGUCUAGCAGAGAUUCAUGUUCCCCGGAUGUGGGUUGAGCGACAUAUCAGUAAACCAGACAGUCAGGUCAGUUUGUGAUUGAUGUGAAUGAAAUCAUUGCAUGAACAAAAUAUUUUCUUGUGGAACAAAACGGGCGAUCCCGAACGAUCGAGAUAGGUCCGUUCGGAUAGCCAUGCCCAUAAUAAAAGGUUUAGAUUACACUUGCAAAGGGGAGACAUUUUUAAAGCUAACCAUGCAUGAAUAAAGUAAUUUCUCAAAAGUAUCGCUGUGUAUCUAUCACACUAGCUAAUAGGCCUCUACCGUUGUCGCACUGUUUGUAGGCUUGUAUGCUGACUUUCUACCCGGAAUUCGAGGCUGAAACCCCUCGGGAAGUCGAAGUCUUAUUCUUGCUUGACCUCUCUUGUUCAAUGAAGGUGAGUCGUAUUGUUAAUUGUGAUAAUGAUGAUGAUGAUGAUGAAAAAACUCUAACAGGAGCCCAUAACUGGGCUCCUGAGUCUAAGUGAUCAAUUGGUAGCCAGUUCCUGUUACAGGUCACAUUCUGCAACCUUAGUAGUCAAGAACCCGUCGGAGGAUUCGUGCUGUUCCUAAUAGGGUAGUCUUUUGAAUCUUAGCCAAAUCAAGAUUCACCCCUAAGCUUUCAAGAUGGCCUACUAAUCCUUUUGGGAUUGUCCCAAGUGCCCCGAUAACAAUAGGCACAACUCUUGUUUUGACCUUCCACAGUUUUCUCAAUUCUCUUGCCAGGUCUCGAUAUUUAUCAAUCUUCUCUUUCUCCUUAUUAUUAUUACUAUUAUUAUUAUUUUAUGAUUAUGAUUAUUAUCAUUAUCAUUAUUAUAAACGAAAUGCUUUAGCUCUGGUGGAUGUUGUACCGACAUUACACCAAAGUUUGCUUCAUGUAAAGAUACACUUCUUUAAUCACUCCAAUAGUGAAAGGCUUUAUUUCCAAUUGUGAUUUCUUUUAGGGCCCACCCCUUGAAGACGCAAAGAAGAUUUUGUUGAUGUGCCUGAGUCUCAUGAACAAGGACUGGAUAUUUAACAUACUUGUGUUUGGAAGCAGUAAGUGAUUACUGCAAUAUUAUUUUGCAAAACCCUUGAUUUUCUGCCGAGACGCGUGUAGAACGUUGCGGACAGCUGUAAGUCGUACCCUUUAGCUCGUUUGCACAGCUGAGCAGUUCGUUGUUCCUGGGAGCUGAACACCUGAAACAAACCAUCAAUAUACUGACUACAGUAACGUAUUUUGUCGAUGUUAUUACUCCUAGCUUGGCCUGGUGGACAAAACAUUAAUUGAAACUGCAGUUAUUUCGGGCUCUAUCGGGCUCUAAUAAGAAAGGGCUUUUUAAUCGCAAUUCUUGGCAGCCGUGUAUCUUGUUCUUGUAGUUAAAAAUCAUUAUGCCACAACUAAAUGCUUGAGGCCCUUAUUUAAAACAACUACUUGUGCUUUUGGACCAAAAUCUUAAUCCUUGACAAAAAAAAGUACGGUAUGCGUCUCACAGUAUAUGCUGUUGUUACGUAUAUGGCUUGGCUCGCCAAAUUUAUAUCCGUGUAAGUCAUAGUUACACAGUAGCAGGAGCAAAAAUUUAUCAUAGCUCGCUUAAUGUAAGGGAAUCAAGGGCAGUCUUGGAUUCUGGAUUCCACGCUGUGGAUUCUAGAUUCAACGUACUGGAUUCCAGUCUUUGUUAGUGGAACGUGGAUUCUGGAUUGCAAUCGUCAGUGAGAUUCCGGAUUCCUUGAGCUGUAUUCCAGAUUCCACAACUGGAGAGCAACGAUUUCCCGGAUUCUGUAUUCCGCAAGCAAAAAUUUCCUUCGUUCCGGAAUCCGGAUUCCAUUAAAUGGGGCGAUGUAGCUGUCAGUGGAGUGUCCCAACGCUUUAACUUCUCCUGCAGUGCUUUGCUUCUUCGGGAGGUGCAGUUUGGGGGUGGGUACCACCAUAUGAAAGAGACAAUGCAAGGAUGACAGCCGGAAAUAAAGCAGCCCAAUCUGAGCUUGGCUCAGGUUUUGUUUGAUGUUUGACCCCUAAAAGAGACCAUACUUCAACAAAGUAUGAAGGCAUUUCUUAAUAUUGUAUUGAAACUUCUUUACGCACGGGUAAAUAUAUUAUCUUUCUGUCCCGCCGAUUAACCUAAAUGGGAUCUUGACAGGAUCCUAUGAUUUUUAUCAUAGUUUGUAGAGGAACAAAGGAGGCGUAAUUAAAUCGAGCUACAUGGUCUUCUGACGGGUAUUUUCUAAAUAAACAUCGGGCAAUGUCCAAAAACCACUGCAUCCUUCAAUCUAAAGUCCAUUCCAGCACAGCUAACAAUUUUUCGGUCAGUGUAUCAGCCUUUGUACCAUGAGAGCAUAACGUGGCCACGUAACGCAGACCCCCCCCCCAUAGGUUUUCUAAUGGUCCGUCUCUUAGUUGAACACUCGCAAAACUAUAAGGCACCGUGACAUCAAGUAGUUUGAUUUAUUUCAUUGAUUGCCCUACAGCACAAACUGUAACAUUGUGUCGUGCGUUUCGUGAUCUUAUUUAUUUUUUUAUUUAUUUAUGUUUUCUCUUUUUUUAUGAAAGGAAAGGUGUUGCACGUGCAUAUGUAAUUCACAGCAAAUUAGCAUAUCUAGUAUGUUACUUAGGACUUUGACAUUUUCGAAAUAUAAAAGUAAUCACUUCAUCGAGAGCACCACGCUAUCAACAUUUGGUACGCAUUUUAAUUGAUAUGAUUCACAGCUGUUGAUUUUAUUCUCUAAACGCGUUCGCCGAUUUGUCUUUGCGUAUUUUAAAACUACAUCGCAAUGUAAUAUAAAAUAUGUGGAAGCAAUAUCGACUGGAUCGAGAUUGGUCAUGCAUUACCAAGUGCCCACUUGCGUAAUAGGAUGAUCAGAUUAACAUAACAGUUUUACGGCGAGUGGAGAGUUAAAGGAUUAAAACUUGAACAGUUCAAGAUCUGGAGAGGGAGAGCGAAGGGACCCAAACGAACACGGUAUGCUCACAAGACCAAGAUUAAGAGAGCGAUAUGGGACAGAUGUGAACAUAAGAUCGAGAGAGACGAGAAACGAAGAAGUUCAAAUCGAACAUGACGGAAACAUUGCAUUUUUAAAAUCGAACCUAAAGUCUCUAGACAAGAAUAAGAACAAACCGAAACGUGGAGUGACCUUGGUUCCCUCUGUGACCCUCAAUUACUCGAAGUUGCUAAGGGACAUUGAGGUACCGGAAGCUUUCCGCGAGAGGUACAUUUUAACGGGUUAUCGGCCUCGUAACUUGACGGCUUUGGAGUGUGCCAGAAGCGUGUUUCAUGCCAACAAUGAGACGGUGAAUUUCUGGAGUCAUUUUCUGUCCGGUUUGUUGCUUAUUGCCCGGUACUGUUAUGUUGUGUGGUAUCACAAUCCUUUGUCAGAUCAUUUUUAUUAUCCGCUCACCUCCUUCACCCUUGGCUGUUUCACGCUGUACACCAUGAGUUGCUUGGCGCACAUGUUCAGUUCAAUGACCGAGCGGGAGUUUCAUAUUGGCUACUAUCUUGAUUACGCCGCUAUCAGCGUCUACACGUUCACCGCUGGACAAGCCUUCUAUUUUUACUGCCACCCCAUCAAAUCAGGGCUUCUUCUUUACGACUGGCGUGAACUGUUUCUUUUCCUAUCCGCUUUGAUUUCGUUUGGUGCCACUUAUUCUUGCUGUAUGUCACGCCAUCACUGGUUGCACUUGCGAUUCAUUAUCCGCACUGGCUCGUAUAUGGUUUCGUGGGUGCAUAAUUGUUCGCCGUAUUUUGUACGCCAGCUGAAUUGCUCUACCGAUCCGUUCUGUAAUCCGGAUUCGUUUCCUAUCUUCAUUGGCUGCUUUCUGUCGUUCGCAACCGCUGCCUUAGCGAACAUGACCCGAGUGCCCGAGCGUUUCUUUCCGGGCGUGUUUGACUUCAUCGGCCAGAGUCAUCACUUUCUUCAUGUAAUGACAACACUUGGUGACCAUUUUGCGUAUUCUGUUUUCCUUUCCGACCUGGAAGCGAGAAAAGGAGCUUUGACUCUGGAACAUAUUCCGGCUUUCACCGAAACAAUUGGAUUGACCCUGUUAGUUUUGGCUGGAAAUCUCGGUAUCGUGUUCUGGUUUGCUAAAUCUCUGCGUUUCGCGUCAAGCGGAAUCCAUGGCGCAAAAAAAAUAUCGUCACGCGAACUGAUUGGCGUUACCAGGUAGAGAGGAUUGCUUGACACAAGGAUGUAAACAUUAUGGGGAGUAUUUUGAACAAAAGUGGUCUAAGAAAAAUUCAAUUUUGAGUCGGGGGAGAGGGAAGUCAGCAUAAUUCUAUUAAUUGUAUCCGUUGGAAAAAUUCGAUUGCAGAGCUGUGAACAAGUAAUGGUCAUAGAACUGAGUGGAGUACCUCAGGCGAGUAAUUUCAUAUCGCACGAGGACGAUUUUAAAUUACUAGCCUGAUUACCCUGAAUUGUACGGUACAGAGUCCUAUUACCAUUAUAAAUUGUGUCAAUAACAAAAACCGAGAUUCUCGGGACUGGAAUAUUUAUCAAAGGACAAAAAUCUCAUUUCAUCAGCUUACAGCUUCCAAAGCAAAAACAUGGCUUUCAACGUUUGGAGAAACUAUAUAAUCAGAACAUGGAGUUCCAACUGCUUUAACUUUACACUUGCUCACUGAAGCUUUUUUUUCCCCCUGGGUUUUGAUUUGCUAGCGUGGACUAAUUUGUUAAACCUUAUUGGCUAGCAUCAUUUGGUGGUCAAUUUUUGUUGGUUGUUCAGCUAUCCGAUUUGUCUUGUCCGAUUACAAGCAGCUUCUAAUUAGACAGGUGGUCAACUUGGACAGUUCUGGUGCUGUAUCAGCCAAAUUUAGCAAUAAUAAGGGCUGUUGAGAAUCAAUCCGUUUUUAAAGAAUUUUGUUAUUGACACAAUUACGAUCGGUGAUCGGACCCCAGGGGGGGUACUCGGGAUUUCAAGUGACGGGGAUGAUCGAAGGAUUUUUUUGGGUUUGAAAUUUUCGAAUCCGGGAUUUUUUUGGGUACGAAAAUUUGGCAAGUAUUUUUUUGGGUAGCUUGAUUUGAGUAGGGAUUUUUUGGGGGUAUUAAAAAGAAUCGGUAGUGCCCUGGCUGCGUAGUUCUGCGAAUAAAGUACAAACAAACGUGUUUUGCUGUUAUUUAAAUUUCCAAUGUUUUUCUUUGUGUUAUAGCAUUACCCCUUUCUGGAACUUUUAAGGGCCACCAAAUCGGCAUGGGAUUUUUGGGGGUUAAUUUUUUGGUCCAGGGAUUUUUUUGGAUUUUGCUUGAAGCCCUAAGGAUUUUUUUGGGUCUUGACUUUUGGCUCCAUUCGAUCAUCCCCAUCACUUGAAAUCCCGAGUACCCCCCCUGGGGAUCGGACUGUGAAAACAAACGUUUGCUCUUGUGUCCACAGGCGUGGUAAGCUCACGUUACAGAUCGCCUUCCUAGUCUGACAAGCAAGAAAACGGACAUUCAUUAAGCUGACAGUUAUUUUUUUCAAUUAUUGACUCGCCCACGUUAGCCUGCGUAGCAGGCGUCGAAAAGGCCUGCCACGCAGGCCUGCCCACGUCAAUGGAUAUUACAUUCCACCCUCAUAAUGUGAUCUUGGGAUGUCUGUGUUCUUUCUGGGUCUUGUGACACGCAAUCCAACAUGCGGUCGGACAAGAUGAACAGGAAUGAUCAAAUACGAAAGAUUAUCAUUUUGAAGCUGAAGAUUUCCACAAUAAUUGAAGAAAUUAACGGUCAGCUUAAUAUAUGUCGGUAUUCUGGCUUGUCAGAAUAGGAAGGCGACUUGUUCGGACAAAUGUCCUCUCCAAAGAGAAAUAAUGAUCAUUCGAUGCAAUUUCUUUUUCUUUUCAUUGGCCGAGAACCCACCACGUUACCUGUAAAUAACUGCCGACGAAUGAUGGUCUGCUCAUGCACAAUGUCGUUCAACUGUGUUUGGCCGCCAAUAAUAUUCUGCUCAUACGAUUUUUUGCUCAACCUCGUCUAAUAAUUGUUAAUUAUUUGCAGGCCCUCUUUCCAUUAUUCGUGAAAAGAGUCAGAAUGAGUUUCGUUGAGGUUAAUUAUUUAUCAAAAAUUGUAAAUGAGUGUCGACUUUUCAGUGUCAUUUAAUUUCGUCACGUUAUUUUCGUGUACAAUUUGUUGUGAUAGAUAUAUAACUGGGCAAGGUGAAGUUUCAAUAAUGAUGCUUGUUUUUUAAUUGUAUGUUGGUAAUGCCAUGGCCGCCAUAUUUGAUUUGAGUCACCUUAUUUCCUCGACUUAUAAAAUUCAGCAUUGCGUUUACACGCACAAAGCGCCCCCUCUAAUAAAAGAUACCACCCCAACCCCUAAGAAAUAACCCGAACGAUUACAUUUCUAUAUAGAUGGCCUACGUUAGCAAGUUCUUAAGGAAAGUGUAACUGAUUUCCUCCAUACAGGCUUUUUUUUUACUACUUGAUUCCUGUUAACUUGACCAAGUGAAAAUAAUGCCAUUUAGCGGGCACUGACAAAAAGGCCCCUUUUGGAAUUAGUCACCCCCUAGCCGUUGGAACGCUAAUUCGAAUAUUUUCGAAAUACCGUUUGCAAGACUUUCAUAUUUCUCAGAAGUUCCACAAUAAGGGAUUUUUCACACCAAAGACAACUUUGAAAAACUACGAAUAAAAAUUUGAUUGACCAUGCAAUAGCAACCCCUUUUAAAUAAGCGAACAGGAGCUUAUUCAAGCAUUUUCGGAAUAAAGAGCUUUUUACAGUCUUCACCGAAGCCAAUGUUGAAUCAGGUACGCAGAAGAUUUCGAAUUAUAUUUCGUUAAUUGCUUGCAGGUCCCCGGCUUGUGGGUGGUGUCGACCUUCGCGCGAUUUCCAAGUAGAAAACUUGCUCAAAGCUAAUCAGGCUUUUAAAGCUUUCUCAAGACUCAAGAGUGCGUGAAAAAAAAUGCCCCAAAGCACUUAACAAAGUAUUUACAUAAGAAAUCUACAUAGCCUGCGUGGCUAAAUCUACAUAAUAAAGUAUCAUGCAGGGAAUUAAUUUAUUCGAAAUUCAACUCUUUUAACAACUUUGAAACUUGACAUUUCUCAUUCUUGAUACGUAGUGAUGUUCGAAAUAUCGAAAUGUCAAGAAACGUUGUUAAGUUUAAUUUUUCUAACAAGCAACUGACUAACGGAUUUUUCGUUCAUAUUAGCCCUUUGUUUCUCAAAAAAGAAAGCGUCUGGUCCCCUGAUAAUAUAACCUGGAUUGUGAUGGGAAACAAGGAUGACCAGUUUUUGCCUGCUUUUUUAUUUUAGUUGGUGAGCGGGUUGUUUAGAUAACCAUGAGACAACCGUUACUUAUUCAUGAUAUUCGUCUCGGGUGCUGUUAAUAGCUGUUAACCCUUAAUUAAUAUUCAACCGGUAUUUUGCAUCAUUUGCGUUACGAAUCCUAGACGAUCGACGCAAACUGCCAGACUCUUAAUAUUGAAAAAUCAAUGACACGCAGCUGAACAUAUUCUCUCCGCAGCAAAGUUGUAAUAAUCUUAAAGAAUUGCACUUCAUUGAGUCGCUGUGAGAAGCCACAAAAAGAAAAAGGAUUAUUUUAUCCUUCUGAUCAACGGGUAAAGUUCGUCAAGCGAAGUUCACCUGCAUUAACUUCCGCGGAAACAAACACAGUAAUUCGACGGAACCGGAUUUUCAUCUUCUACAGGACGAUCCAUAACAAAAAAAGCCAUUGAUAAUGCAGUCAUGCGUUAACAAAAGAUCUAAAAAGACAUCUGGAACAUUCACCAAAGAGAUUACUUCGCCUCAGACUGGUAAUAAUGAUCGACAUCAAGAGGACGACAAGAAUAAUUUACUUUCAAUCGGCGAUGAAGACGUGGCAGGAAAUGAAGGUAAAAAUUCUCAGAUCGCUGUGUAUGGCUUACAACACUGCCAGGUACCCGACGUUUUUAAAAUACCCUUCAUCGUGACUGGAUAUCGAAGGCCUGGUAUAUCAUUCUGGGAUUGUGUUAAGAGUUUAUUUCACUUUUCCAACGAGACUAUCAACGUCUGGAGCCAUCUGGUAGCUUUGAUACUCUUCAUUUUAGUUAACAUGACGUCUCUUCCAACCGAUGAUCCUUUCUUCUUACCGCUGAUCUCUUUUGCUGUGGGAAUAUCCAUUCUGUAUUUGACCAGUUCAUCAGCACAUCUUUUCAAUUGUAUGUCAGCUAAUUCUCACAGGAUCUGCUUCUUCUUGGAUUAUGCAGCUAUUGGAUUUUACACAUUUACGGCCGGACAAGCCAUGUUUUUCUACUCGCGAGUCGCGGGUGCGUCCGUUUGCUCGUUUCACAAUUCACUGACCAUUUUUCAGACAGUAUCAUGCGUGUUCUCUUUUCUCCUAACUACUUUCUGCUGCGUCUCUAGUCAUCCGCGGUUUAAGAACCACAAAGCUUUACUCAAAGUCGCCAUCGUUAUGAUGAACUGGGUUGUUAUCACAUCACCUUGCACAGUGCGUCUCUUCUUGUUCAAAAACGACCCCGCCUACAACUACACGUCUAUGAUUUAUUUCAAGCGUCACAUGAUCUUCUGUGGUUUGGGCGCGGUGUUGUACGCCUUGAGGCUCCCUGAACGAUUAAUGAUUGGCAUUUUUGACAACUUUGGACAAAGUCACAAUUUGCAACAUAUCCUGGUUGCCAUGGGGAUUCAACAAGCGUUUAAUACGGUACAGGCGGAUCUGCACGCAAGACGGACCGUGCUGACCGCGCGCUUUGCGUCCCAGCCGACUUUAAUGAACACAGUUGGCCUCUCCAUGAUUGUUCUGAUGGGACAUAUUACUAUUGUAAUGUGGUUUGCGAGAAAACUCUUGGCCAAACGCAAACCUAAAGACUAAAGACAGAAAAAGAUUUCAAAUUUUCGUAGCAAGCAGCAGUGCGAUACAUCUGUUACUAGUCCUUUCCACGUUUUUUUUUUUUUUUUUUUUUUCAAAUUUGUCAUGGAAAAGUUAAGGAAAGUCCGUCCACUCUGCUGUAGAGAGCGCCUUUAAUUUAGUCAAAUUGCGACAGCCAAGAUUGAAAGUAUUUGUUAAAAACUAUUUUGUUUAUUGUUUUGUUUUUAUUGUUCGUUGUUUUGUUUGCCAUAAGUUGUACAAAAAAAACAAUAAACGAUAAAAGCAAAACAAUAAAGAAAGAUAUAGCAUCUCAAAGUGGAGCCAUAUCUUUGCAAAAUUUUACAGACGUUUUUAUGGUGGGGGCACAAACUUGUCUGUACAUUUUUGCAGAUAUCUUUACUCGUUUCGUAGGUAUCACUUUCAAACUAAGGCGCUCUUUCUAGUAGUACAUGUUAUAAGUUGAAAAACCGUGCAAGGCUCUAAUAACUGGCAUGGUGUACACCACCUAACGAUCCUAUGAAAUUCGAAAAAAGAAAGAUUCUCAUUUGAUCCACUUGAAACCUUAGAUUAGUUUCCCAGAAACUAUCCUGUAUCGUUUAGACCCACGAAAGCGGCUGAAGUACUUACUUGUUAGUCUUAAGACAUUUAAUUUAUGCAUGAACUUCGCUGCACCUCAGUAAGUCUUGAUUCCUUUCUUUUUGGUGUUUGGAGAGGUCAUGUGUGCAGUGGUGAUGUUUUGUUGUUCUACAGGAUAAUUUUGUUUAGAUCUAUGAUUUAUUUUCCCCAAUAAAGAGUUUGAAUGUCGUUGCUUAUCAUUUGAGAUGUUUGAUAGUGUAUGAUAAUUUUUCUAACAAUUUUUGAGAAACAUUUUUGACAUGAAUAUAUUUUUUCUAGUUGUUAUUUUACUGAUAAAAUCACAACGGUGGAAAGUGGUGAAAGUAAUAUUGCAAGUAAAAAUCUGCGGUAACAGCAAUAAAGUGCGGGAAAUGUAGCACAUUAAUUGCUCAAAUUUGCGCUAAACUGAAACCUGAAUUUUGAACUGGUUUAAUUAUUUUCCCCAUCAAAUAGUUUUUAUCAUGAAACAACAUAACAAUAAUGAUGAUGAUGAUUUAGGAUGAUGUAAAGAUGCAUUUCGAUGUUAAGGUUAUUAGGGGGAUUAUGACUGGAAGGAGGCCAUCGACCCAUAAAAAUCAUGCUUGAUAUGCCUGUUACAUGCACUGUAAAUAGCCAAUGACCCUCCAGAAUUUCACACAAAGCAAGCAGUUUGAAAGCAUAUUAAUAAUACUUACGAGAGUAUAGGACUCUUUUUUUCGUUAAAGGUGAGGUGAGAAGCUGCCUCAUAUCUUGUAUCACAAUUCUGCGUCAGUUUAAACCGGUAAGGGGACAGUCCUGCAAAUAAGUUUUUCUUUCAAGAGAAGACGUAUGUCCGGCCAGAUCAUCGCUUUAGUCGGAUAGAACAGAAAAGUUGUCGGACAUACAUUAUUUUUACCUCUGUUUCUUUAUUCACCAUGUAAAUCUGUAAGCUGUAAUAUGAUAGUCUUUACAGUAUUUUGUUUGUCCGGUCACUGCGUUUCACCCCUCGUUCGUACGGGCUCAAAAGAGACCUCUGUGUCGGAGAAAGUGCCAUCUUACAUUUUUAUAUUUUUGUUUAAGGUCGUGGGGAUCUAUUUGACCACUAGAGUCCAGUUGUUCGAAGCCUGAUUAGCGCUAUCCUGGGGCUAAAUUUUAAUCCGGGUUUCUCUUUCUUUUGUUCAAAGCAUUUCGUAGGAUAAUUUUCUCUAUAUUUUUAGAGCAUCCAAUUAUCAAACUGUAGACUAAAAGUAUUAAACUGAAUCUUACUUUUUAACCCUGGCUUAUCUUAACCCUGGCUCAUCUUAACCCGGCUUUGAACAUCCAGGCCCUGAACGCUAACGUGUUGGGGUUUACUGAUGUAGCUGUAUCUCUUCACUUUUUCAGAACAGUUUGAGCUGUUUCCCAGUAGCAAGCGAAAUGACCCAGAAGCGUACAAAGAUGCUGUAAAAUUUGUUCAGGUAAAAAUCUCUGAAAAUUUCAAUGUGAGGUGACCAGCACCUCCUUCCUCCUUUUAGUAAUUUCAUUAAGGGUCUGUUUGCAUGAAGGCAUAGUACCCCAGGUAGGUGAGGUACCAUGUGGCGGGUUACCCCACCUAACAUUUAUAUGGACAGGCGGGUUAGCCCACCUAAGCGGGUUACCUCACCUAUCUGGGGUACCCCACCUCCAUGUAAACAGGCCCUAAGUGUGGUCAUUUGAACAAAGGAUGACAGAGUUCUGAUUAUUCAGCAAAUUCUUCACAACCUUAUUCACGAUACCCGCCAUCUUUGCACGCACUUAAGGACUGGUGGGAGAAAAACAAUGUCACGUGGUUUCUCAGGGGGUAAACAAGCGAAAAAAUUUCCAAUUGCAAGAAUUUAUUUUAGACAAUAGAAAAUGAAGAACUUUUCAUCUUGAAGACCAUAGUAGUGAAUUAUGAAUGAAAAGGAUUAUUGUUACUUCUUUGGGUGCAGUAGCGACCGCAAAUGUCCUCACUCUUUUAAAACAGUAAUGACGUAAAUCUUGUCAAAACUCGAACUGUACAAUUCGCAUGGCUAUUAAAUCGUCGUGUGGUUUUGAUGGAAAACAAACACUGAAAUACCACGUGACAUUGCUUUUUCCCCAUCAAUCCUAAAGCGCGCACAUAGACGGCAGGUAUCGUGAAUAUCGAGGAGGUAAGGAUUAUUGCGGUGGGAACUCCACGUCCACCAAUUUACCUUGCAUGGGAUCGAAUCCCGGAAGGGACUUCAUAUGUCGGUUGACACCAGUAACUGACUCAAACUGUGGUGUUUAGCAAAGAAAAUCCGUCAGGAGAGAAACAUUCUUCUCGUAGCGAUAAAAGAAGCAAUAAUCUGAUUUACGAAAACAAGAAUAAAAUAAAAAUGAAAUUUAAUUGCGGGCGACAAGAGGAGCCCGCAUUCCUAAUCUUCAGGUAUGCUAUUACGCAUGCGUCGCAUGUAUGAGCCAGCUUUGUUUACACUUCCACUAAGAAUGAAUGGAAUGCAUCGAACGCUAACGUGGUCACGCGCGUUUGGACCUUUUGUCUCUCGAUCGUAAUUUAAUCAUGCGUGUUUCGACCAUGUAUCACGUGAAACUUACGAAAACCAUAGCGUUUGCGCUAAAGCGUUUUGACCUUCGAUCGAUGUCGCCCGCACUCCGUAACCUUUGCUUAGUAGUAGUCAUAUUAUAUGAUUAAAUUUCAUUCUUAUUUUAUUCUUGUUUUCGUCAAUUUCUUUCCCAGUCUUUAUCAGCCACCAAAGGAAGCACUGAGUUAUGGCGUGUUCUGCAGAAACUUUCUCUUCUGCCUGCAGUCUCCUCCGCUGACCAUCCCCGUAACCUGUUCCUUAUCUCAGACGGUCACGUGACAGAGGAAGAAACCACUCUGUGUUUGAUUCAUAAAAACUACCGCAGUGACCGGCUGUUUACGUUCGGUGUUGGGUAGGUGGCUUUUGCUUUGUCCAGCGUUAUUGUUUUUAAGGUCCUUUGACUUUUUUUUAUCAGUCUUCUUGGUUUUUUUUUUUUUUUUUUGCAAAUUAGGAGCUUAAGUAACAAGGACGGCGAAGGCUGCAAAAACGUCAUUUGAAAAGUGCAUUAGCGCUGCUUCAAACUUAAUCGCGCUUAUUUCAUCUCUUUCAUGCCCAAUUCGUCAAAUGUUGGCAGAUUUCGCUGGAGCUGAAUUCUAAAGGACUUUAUUGAAGUACUAGAAAAGAAUAAAAGUCAUCUUCUAGCGUCCACGUCCUCCGAAAAACGUGAAAUUAAGUAUUUUCACGUCGUAGUCGUGCGGUGACUGCAGAGAAUGUAGAAAAAGGCGUGGUGCACGUGCAACGGUAUUUAUUUUACCAAUCCGUUAACCUAUUCCUAUUUUGCCGUUCACGUUUUAAUCUCGCCAUCAUCAUAACAGGGCAACAGCCAACAGAUAUUAUCUGCGAGCCAUGUCGAAAGCUGGAGCUGGAGCGUCGGAGUUUUUUGACAGCAAAGUCAAGUCCAAAUGGGAGAGAAAGGUAAGAGCAACUUGUGUAUUUUAUCCAAUUUGGUAGCUCUACUUGUUUUGUAGUUUUUCGGGUGCCAAAUUACAAGUACAUCCGGACAAUUUUGAAGGUUCUUGGCGCCCGACCUUGUUUGCAUAAUUAGCAAACCUUCGUUCUUUUGACUUUUUAGUCAGCUGUUCUUUCGCUGUUCUGUUUAACAAGUUAUUCUGUUUGUUUGUUUCUCUAUUUAAUCAACGUCAAAGUUUAAAUUCGCAAAACUCACGUUACUACGAAUUGCUCUCAGUACCAACGUCUCUACGUAAUAGAUAUAAAAAUGAUCUGUUAUGUAUCUAAAUCUCGAAUGUCAAUUCAAAUUUAGGUAAAAUCGCAAUUAUCCAAAGCUGAGCAACCAGGCCUUACGUCAGUAGCAGUUUCCUGGCAACAGCACGAUUCCGGUUCCAGUCCUCCUGUUCAGGCUCCGCACCAGAUCCUCUCCUUAUUCAAUGGCUCCAGACAAGUAGUUUAUGGUUUUGUCGACAAUUGCACACAGGUAAGUUGGUUUAACGGCUUGUCACUAUCAUGAAAAUAACGUUCUUGGUUAGUUACAAAGUUCUUGGUUUUCGGUUAUGGUUAAAGAAGUUAAAUGGCCUCAAGAAAAGAAGAAUUAUCCGCCUGAUUAAAAACGAAAAAAAUGUUCGUGAGUUAUCCUCGAGGGUUGCCUUCACCACAGACGGAACUAAACUUUUUGUUAAGUCCCUCGUACGAAACAGCGCCAAAAUCCAUGUUCUGGGCCCCACCUGUGUGCCUGGAUUUGAGUAGGCGCCGUUGUCGAUUUGCCAAUGAGGUUGAAGGGAGAUUUGAAACGCACCUCCGGUAAUUCGUUGAGUCCGUUUGGCGCCCAGAACAAGGAUCUUGGCGCUGCUGCUUCUCAAACGUUACUAGACGUUGCUAGUCGGGGUAAGAUUACAUCUGCGACGCAGGCUACCUCGGGGGUCGCUUAACCACAGGGCACCCACGCUCCUAUUUGUAAACUGCAAAUGGAAAUAAAAUAAGAGAUAAAAUCUUACCUGUUUUGUUUCAUUCUUGAAUCUGCUGUGGUGCGAAGUGAAAUGGAAGUUGUUUUACGAUACGAAAACUAUAUGUUCAAGUCGUUAACCGUUGUUGAUUUCACGAUGCUUUAUGUGGUCACGCACCGGUUGUCAUUUUCGUCUCGCGUUUCAUUGUUGGUUAUUAAUUUACGGUUAAAGCGUCGUCUUGAACGUAGUUUUCUCAUCGUAAAACAACUUCCAUUUCACUUCGCACCACAGCAGAUUCAAGAAUGAAGCAAAACAGGUAAGAUUUUAUCUCUUAUUUAAUUACCAUUUGUAGUUUACACGUAAGAGCGUGGGUUCCCUAUGGCUAAACUGAAACGGAGAUCAACAGAAUAAAUUGUGUGAUUAUCACCUUCUUAAUCAGAUACUUUGACGAAUCAUUAUUCGAUGAAUUUGAUACUAUUUUCAGUAACACGAUGUCUUGUGUGGUGUUUGUGACUGAACUAAGAAAAUAUACCACUAUCCCAUGAAGGUGUGUUUAGGUGAGGAUUAGUAUUUCUGGACGGGGGCUGUAAAAAGAUUUAAAAUACAGUCUUUUGAAGCAACAAAAAUGGUAUUGUGGGUUGCUGCCUUGUGAGUGAGAUUACUUACUAAACUUUUCCUUGAAAAUCGGUUUCGUAUUACGUAAUGGCACAUGGUAAAUAAUAUUCCAAGGGUGAGACAGUGUAAUAUGGUGAUCGACAGCAGUUUAUGGUUGAUGGGGUGAUGAUUAAAUUGUGUUAACAAAAAAGCGUUCUCGAUCUUGUAAUUGCUUUAAAGUCCCUUUUCUCUCGAUCGUCUAGGCGACAUUGAGUGCAGAAGUUAAUGGGAAGACUGUGUCAACAAUGGUGUAUACUUCUGAUCUGAAUAUUACAACAGGCAAAGUAAGUACGGCUACAUAGCAACAUAAUCGACUUUUCCUUUAGAACAAUGGUGUUCAUUGGUUAAACGACCUGGAACCCUUUAAUUCCUUGAUAGAGUUGGAAAUUGAAAAUUUUGUUUUCUGCGGAGAAGGGAAAGCCGAAAAAGCUGAAGUAAAAGCCGUCACGGCAAAGCCGGGAACCACAACAAACCUAACCCGCAUAUAUACUUCGGGACUGAGGCACGAAACCACGCUUUUGUCACAGACUGAGUGUGAGGGGAGCACCCGAAAUUUGCACACACGGACGCACUUGAUCUAUAAAGACUGACCAAUUCAAAUAUUAUAUACAGAAUAUAUUUAAUAACAAAAAUAAAUUAAACAAACAACUGAAAUAAUUGUCUGCAAUUCACCAAUAUUUGGUAUACCUUAACUAGGUUCUUCGGGUGUAACAUGCAUGUAAAACUACUUAAUUUACUAUUUCAAAAUUUACCAGUGUUACUGAUUAUCAAUUACAAUCAGUAAUAUACCAUGUAUAGAGAGUGAUGGCUGUAAACCACCAACCAACUGCACCAACCCUAAUAACCUGCUUGUAAUAUUUCGUCAAUAAAUGGUACGAAUAGUCUGAUUUGCAACCUUUCAACAGAUUCUUCAUCAACUUACCGCGAGAGCACUCAUAAGAGACUGGGACGAAGGGAGCCUGCACGAGCAGCGCACUGGACACGAGGUCAGUGAUGAUGGACGGGACCGUCAAUGGAACCAAUGGCAUCGUAAAUUGAGAUUAUUUUCAUUGUUAGCUUAAAACCUCUUUGCCAUAAUCAAGUUUUGCCUGCCUGUUUCUUUUAUUUUAACAGGUUGUUAAGAGAAACAGGAAAGAUUACAUCAUUUCCAUAAGCAAGGAAUUCUCGGUGGUGUCAAAGUUUACAAGUUUCGUAGCCGUUGAACAUAGGGAAAAGGUAAUACUCGACCUUUGUUUCGAAAACGUAUCGCCCUUUCCUUUCUUCAAAACAAUGUGCCAAGUUUCUGAAAUUGGAACCAAGCUCUGUUCUACGACCCACGCCGUUUGUAAAAGUUUUGUAAAUAAAUUGUUCAUUUGUUCAAGAAUGCUAAAGAACCACAUAAAUCAUAUUUACAAUAUGUAACUUUUUGUUAUCGUUCAGGACGAGAAAUUUGAAGAAGGACAAGGCCCCAGCAUUGAAGAGCUGGUUGCAGCAGAGGAAAUAGACAUACUGCAGUACAUUGGCUGGGAACAGAAACCAGUUGAUACCGACAGAAGACGCGAACCAGUAAGCAGAAAGUCAUAGCUGUUUCUUUUUUACUUUUCAGUUCAUUUCUACUUUCUCAAUCCAAAAUUUGCAGACAUCUUUUUAUGGAGUUUUUUUAUCGGGUGAACUCUUCAAAGGAAGAUUAACGCAAAUCCAGAAUUACCUUUACGCUAUUGUGCUUGUUUGCAGGUUUCUCAAGAUUCGCUAGAGAUGUCAACUGAGCUUUGAACAUCUCAGUCGGUGGUUUAGUUGUUGAAACCAAUGUACUUUGUAGUAACAAGUAUACUAGAACUACCUCAAUUUUUUGGUUAUUUUCGAGAAAAAAAUGGAAAACCCUCUCUGUUUAAGUACCUGCAGACUUACCACAAAAAAGGGGACUGACUUUUGCUCAACCUCCCCCCACCCCCACCCCACAUCAUUUUGUUGUAACUAGUACCACCUCAGUUUCUUAUGUGUUUUCCUAAACAACCGAAAACCCUUUUCGUUGAAGCACAGUGCUGAACUCACCGCAAAAAAGGCGAAUGACUUUUCCUUCGUCCCCCGCCCCUUUUUUGAGAGUAAGUUGUACUUUUGCUAAAAUAUUCACCUAAUCUGGCCUUUACCCAGUGUAUCGAGGAGAAACUAGAAAAGCAACUGCAAGCGGCUGAGGUGUUGGAGACAUGCGCAGUGCUGCAAUGCGAGCGCCUGUAUAAUGACGUCAUGAAAGAGGCUCGCGAUAAGCUUGGUCCUGAUCAUCCUUUGACAACCAAGGUAACUCUUGCGUUUAUCUCUCUCUCUUUCUUUUGUUCGGUUCAAGAAAUUAUCAUAACCUUUUAGCCACCUGCUUUGGGAGUCAGCACUUUAAAACUGCCACAACUGGGACCUGCUUUUUAUAGAAGCCCAGGGGGGGGAGGUUUGGGGGGAUACUUGGGUUAAUUUUUACUGGGCAUGUGUCGCUGGCCUGUCAGAACCCGUACCCCUUUAUAGCCUAUCCUGUUGCCAGAAAUAGACCCCAUCUUAGUCACUUUUGGGAAAAUGUAAUUUUGCCGAUCCCAACUUAGAACCUUUGUUUUUAUGCCUCUAACUUAUAAGGCCUUUCAACUAGAUCAUCCUGUAAUGAACUGACACUUUGGAUAACUUUAAUGAAGUAAAAAUCUUCCCAUUUUUAAAUCCCAACCUACCUGGGUUUUCUGAUCCCCCAAAUCCCAAAAAUGUGUCAUCCCAUCAAAGUAACUCUAAUGAAAAUACAGCCCUACUAUAGUCAAUCCAAUGUUGAGACUACAGAGAACGUGUUAUAAGAAUGACUAAAUUAGCUUGAUGUUUUGUACUUAGCUCAUUUAGCCAGUUUUCUAAAAAAUUAUUAUCUCCUAAGGCAAUUUAAAGGACUUUUAGCAGUAUAAUAUUUACAUGUUAUUUAUAUUUUUUUCUUUCAUAGAAAGUAAGAAAAAAUUUAAAAGUUAUUCACAAGUUGUGUUCGUAUUUCAGACAGCCUAUGCCUUGUCCAAUUUAUACCAGUCUGUUUUUGGUGACAAGGAGAAAGCGCUUCAAGUUAUUAUUACUGACAAUGACCUCGACGAUCACAGGUCAGUGUUUUUUGUCUUCGAAAUUUACAUUAGUAGGACACCUUUGAAAAAUUUCUACUCUUCCAUACUGUUAGUGAAUAUAUAUACUGUGUGCAUUCAAACGUGUGUUAAGCAGUCUGUCUUAGAGAACGGCCAAGUGUCCGCUUAAUGCAGCUUAAUGUUCGAGUACAACAGAAAUUGUUGUUAUAAAGCAGACAUAAACGUAUUAAAGGCACUGGUGUGAUGAUACUUGUUAACAAAGUGACAUUAUAUAAGGUUUUCUUACAACUUCCCAGUCUUACUUUACCUUUUUGUUAACAGCGAAGACGAAGACUUCGAAGACAGCGAAGACGACGAUUGGUCGAGUGAUGAAUGGAGUGAACAGGAUGAACUUCCCAAGGCACUGUUGAUGCAACAGGAUGACCAGGAAAAGAGAUCCACCACCAGUGGCAGUAGCCCAAGUGGUAGUGAUGAAGUAGAUGGAGAAGAAGAAGAAGAUUUACAGCAAAUUGAAGACUCUUCAAUUGAAGAAGUCGAUACAGGGAGAAGGGAAAAGCGAAGCGAGAGGAAGUGUUUAACGACCUUAACCCACCGUGGAGACUCGGACUCGGCCCCCAGUGAGGCGGGAGAGCAGGAGAUGUCGAUGGCAAUUUCAAAAUCAGCGGCGUGCUGUAAGUUUAACCUUUCAGUCCAUUUUUGUCUCGUCUUUUAUUCAUACGCGUAAAUAUUUACUGGUUUGGAUCUCGUUUACCACCCAAAUGUUUUGUGACUCCAUUUUCACUAAAAAGUAGUAUCGUCAUUCAGUUACGAACAAAAUACAAUGUUCGAGCGAAAAUGUCUCGGAAUCAAAGCACUGGGUCAGGUCACAGUAAGCGUUCAUCACUCAUCAGGGGCACCCAAAGGGAAAUUUUGAGAAAAAGACCUAAAAACAACAACAAGGCAUAAAUAAAGCUUUCUGAAGCAAUUUUAAGCAUUUUGGGAGAUUGCUGGGAAAAAUGUAUCUGUUACUCAUUCCCAGCAAGACUAGUGGAAGAGUUUCCAGCCAGCAAGGUGCACCUACAACCGGCUGCAACCCUACUUACUGGGAAGUUUCUAAUCAGAAGUAUAUCCAGACGUUACUAGCCCCAGUUUGGGUGUGGUCAAAGGGCAAAAUUGAGCCCUUCAGUGGAGGGGGAGCAAGGAUUAUACAAAUGGCACAUAGCAGCUACUCUUGGACAUCAAAUCCCCUCGGACACCCUAAAUUGUCCAUUUCCCAGCCACACUUUUCUUCCAAAGACAUAUUAAGUUUUCCAAAUCUCAUAGCCAGCACAAAUUUUGCCUGUAGAACAGAUAUUUUGAGGAAAAGAUCCAUUGGGUGCCUCUGACUCAUCAUGAUAUCGCCAACAGCAGUUUAUCCUUCAUUAUUCCAAUGAAGACUGAUAGGCAGGAAAAGGGCAGUAAAUAAGAAAACGGAUGGAGAAAGAAGCAUAGUUAAGGAGCUGGUCACACCCACAGACCCUAAGUCAGAGUUUAGUAGACCGUAAAAAAAAUCUUACUGCUCAGAAGCUUUCAUUUGAAUGGUCUGCACACUUCAGGAUAAAUUCUCACCCGCAGAACCUUAAGUAGAAAAACUUAAGUGUGUUCCGGUGUCCAAAAUGGUCGGGAAAGCGGAACGAAAAGUUGCGCGAAAACCGCGUGGGAGCUGGGAAAAGACGGAGUCUUCUCUCUUUCCGCCGUUUGUCGCUCGUUCGCUAUUUUACUGCUCGCUUGGUUUUUUUGCUCUUCUGCACUGACCAAGAGCCUGUUACUGGCUAGAAAAACCUUGCACAGCUAACAGCCACAGAAAAUAACCGCUGAUAGCUUUCAUUUGAAUGGUCACAGCGUGUGAUUUCACGCACAGAUUCGAAACUGAGAACCACAGUUUACAGCGUUUUAAACUGUACCACAACAAAUUAUAGCGUUUCUUGUGAAAAAUCCAUGAUAACGUUGAGGAGACACUUUUAUAUAGUGAAGCUGUGUGUCAAGAUAUAGUUCUGUCGCGAUUAAUUAGCAAAUCUAAAGAAAAUAACUCAAAUCCUCGAUCUUUUUAUGUUCACUGCAUUGUAUCGUUGUUACACUCUAGAAAUUACGAACAUUUUAAUAACUUGAACAAAAUAGACCAGGAAAUGACAUUACAUCUUACUUUUACAGCUUUUGUGGAUGACGAAGAAGAGGAAAGCGAGGAUGAUGUUGGCUUUGGUGUUUAUGGAGCGUUUAAGAAAUUCGCAGGAAAAGUCUCAAAUAAGGCACUACAAAGUGAAGAAUCACCAAAGUACAAUCCUACCUCACCUUCUUUGCAGAUUGAAGAGACUACGCUCUCGCUAUCCAAAAAAGAACUGAAGCGAUCGAGAAGCAAAGGUAUUGUUAAAUCUGUCAGUGUUAAUGUGUAGAAAUCCCUCCCCCACACCCACUCCCUCCUACUUCAGCCGGUGGACGAAAUUGUGAAAUUUUGAUAUCUUUGAUAAUCAGCAUCAAUUUCCCUAAUCGAUUAAAGGGACAAGUUCACGGUUAAGCGCAUGCUCAUUAAUUAAAUUAAAUUUUUUUCAAUUUCUUAUUAAUUCUAUCGGUUAAUAAUCCCACUCACAAGUAUCUCUGCGAUCUCAGAGUGUGUUUCAAAGUAUAAUAUCAUAGGUGACAAAUUACUCCUUAAUUUUGGCGCGAAAUUUCAGCGUUAAUUUGUAAUUUCACAUGUGAAAUUACAAAAUUGCCAUGGCAACCCUCCGGUACGUCUCAGUGUCAAGAUGGCGACGAAGUUUUAAAAUGCCGUGAAUGAAGAUGUCAGGGCACAAAAAGACGCUUUAGAAAACCUGAACACACAAGAGAAUAUCAAGAAGGAUUCUAACAGGUAUUUUGCCGAAAAAGUCUGAAAAGUUCUGAACUUUAUAAGCCAAAUUUAAGGUCUAAACAUUUGAGAGAGUGGAGUUCUCGAUCGAUACGAUCCAGGAUACACAUGUCCAAAAUCCAAGAUUGCUAACGUAAUUCGUCACCCAUAAUAUUAAUAGGUAAUCAAAUGGUAUACUCGUGAAAUUAGGGAAUAAUUUCGCUUGUGUUUUGUCCAAAUCCUAAUAAUUUCCCGAGCCUUUAAGUGAGGGAAAUUAUUAGGAUUUGGACAAAACGCGCGUGAAAUUAUUCCCUAAUUUCACUCGUCACCAUUUGAUUACACAUGCGAAUUGUAUUUCAGAGUAACCUGAAGUAAGAUGGAGGAGUACUAAAAUCGCAGAAAAAAUUAGUGGAUUAAGCCAACACUACCAACGUUGAAUUUAUUGUUGACCCGAAGGUUUUAUUCCAUGGUUGAUUAAAUUUACAGCUAUUUACAAAUAUUUAAGUUGAUGAUGUGCAAGUAACUGCCAGGGGAUUGUGCUGAUUGGUUCUUUGACAACAUUAUGACAUGAUCAUAUUGCUUGCACAGACGAGACAGCAUGUCCCGGCAGAAAAGCAUUUUGAUAAAUGAGCAUGCGCUGAACCGUGAACCUGUCCCUUUAUCCCUUUAAAGACUGAAAUUUCAGGAAAAGGGGGCUUAAUUUGAAUUCUUAUCAUCUUUCGACAAAUCAGUCUCGCUCACUGCGCUUCCAAGAGUAUGCAUUGAGGCAGAAGGAAGAGUGUGGGAUUCAAAAGUUAGGGUUACGUUAGUCGUAAGUACUAGCGACCCCACCAAAACCAGUGAUGGCGUCGCCAGUUGGCGGCUGUUUUCUCAGGCCAACUAGUAAGUGUUCCGAUAAUUUUGGCAAAAGUCGUAUUUGUUCAAUAAUUUGAUAGAGAAAGUGAUAUUUAGAGUAAUAAGAGAUAGCAAACUGAAAAAAAGGUGAAUGAGAUAUUUUUAUACAGAGUAGGGUUUUGUUGUCAAUGGCAAAUUACCUCAAAAUUCCAUUCAGCUCAAGUAGGCCUUGCCUUGUUUUCAAAUAGACCUUUGCAUGUUUUUUUUUAAUUUUUGACUUGGACAAGUUAGGGAAAAUCUCUAGACACCACUGGAAAGAAGGCCUCAAAAUUAUUAACAUUGCCAAGUUUGAAAGGGAUUUGUUGAAAACUAAAAGACGUAGCAUCUCAAAGUCGGAGCGACAUCUUCGCAAAACUUUACACAUGUUGGAAAGGGUGAGGGUACAAUCUUGCCCCCCCCCCACUCUCACCAUACAAACGUCUGUAACUUUUUGCAACUUUGCAGAGCUUUAUCAUCGCUCCCUUAAGACGUAUCACUUCCAAUUUUGGCAAUUUUACUAUUUUUAAUUUUUAAUUUUAAUUUCUUCCAUUGGUGCUACGGAUUUUUCCUAACUGGUGCAUGUCAAAAGGUAAAAAAACCAAGAAAGGGUCUGUUGCUUCACUUUCUCAUUUUCGAUUUCUCUUUUUAGCAAUAUCAUUAUCAUGUAUUUAUAUUAUGUAAAGAGAAUGUUACCUAAUGACCUCAUAGACCUCAUAGAAUAAGCGGCUGAUAGCACGCGUACUAUUCCCUAACAUUAUUAAGGAACUCAAAGAAGAACAACGGAGAGUCGAUUAUAGAAACGGUAAAUCUAAUUGAACACGCUCUCGUUCGGUUGUUUCUACAUUUUUUUUUUAAUGUUUUCAAAAUUGAAUGAGCCUUGCUGAAUGCCAGCCAAAAUGUCUACGAUCAAAAAUAAUCCACAAUUUUCUAAUGUGAGUGUUCUUUUUCUAAUGUAAGUGUUCUAGGGCAUCUUGAAGAUAUAACGUUUCAGUAUUACACAAGAUUUGUGUUAUCUUUUCUCUUGACAGAAGUAUCAACCGGGGACGCUUCUGACUUGUUGGAAUCUGCAGAAUGUGUUCCCGAACCUCGGAUUGGCCGUAUAGCAGUUAGAUUGGGCUCUACCCGUAGAGGAAGACCUGCGCGAAAACCUGCAUUACAGGAUUUUUCUUUUGACCAAUCAACCCAACAAUUGCAAAAACCACCACCUUCCCCUCCCUUUCCACCUCCUCCUCCUGGCGCAAGUGUAACCACUGCACCACCUCUUGCCUAUGCACCCCCAGGAGGCGAGAUCGUUGGAGGUGGUCUUCACACAUCAGAAGCAGUGUCAGCUACUGUCGAACCUGAAAGAGAAAUAAGGCCACCCCAAGUCGAAUCAUCCUUGUCUGGAUUUACUUUGAACUCCGUGGACCCAGACCGCCGAGGCGUUUGCUUUGGCUCAUCCUCUACUGGGGAAGUUGGAGGGUUUGGCCUGUUAGUACGUGAAAAGAAAAAGGCUGGCUUCCCUCCUACAGGACUCUUUGGAUCAGCGCCAGACCGCCAAGGUUUUUCGUUUGGCUCACCCUCUACCGGGCAAAUUGUAGGGUUUGGCCAGUCAGUGCAUGAAAAGAAAAAGCCUGGUUUCUCUGCUACAGAACUCUUUGGAUCAGCGCCAGACCGCCAAAAUUUAUCGUUUGGCUCACCGUCUAGUGGGGAAAUUGUAGGGUUUGGCCAGUCAGCACAUGAAAAGGAAAAAUCUGGUAUCCCUGCUACAGGACUCUUUGGAUCAUCACAGUCAGCACCUUCGAUUGUCGGAGGAGGAUUGUUUGGAAACCGUGAACCUCGUCUGUUAGCCGGUCAGUCAGAGUUAACUGCCCCUUCUUUUUCUUCUGGUCAGCAAUCAUUUGGCUCUGUACCCUCUGUGACAUCAGGUGGAGGAAGUUUGUUCGGUGUCCCUAUACCAGCCGUUCAGGCAGUGACAGUAGUAAAAGAUGGUGGUGAAAAAGCUGAAAUAAUUGAAGAAAGGACUGGCAGCCUUGAAGAGAGCGAUGGAUCACUAGCGGAUAUCGAUUUCCCUAUCGCUAUGUCCAAGAAGAAGAAAAAGAAAAGGGCAGUGAUUAUCGAAGAAGAAUUAACACAACUAUCUGAUGAGACAGAGCCCCCCAUGCCCAUUAGACAAGAUCAAGCGGUUCCAGCUUACCCUUUUCUGAGGUCGACCUUUAACCUCCCCACGUCAAAAGCACCAUCCUCUCUUCCCUCUGGAUCGAAAAGUUCUGUACCCCCUUCACACCAUCCUCCCCCUCCUCCUCCUCCUCCUCCUUCUCCUCCUUGCUCAGUAGAUCCUGUGACCACUGUACCACCCGCUCCUCCUUUCCCCCCAUUGAUCGUUGGUGGUGUUGAAAAAAGAAGCUCUUCACUCCGCCCUCCACUACGUCCUCCCGCGGGCAUUUCUGUUCCCACUCCACCCUUCUCCUCCAGGGUAUCAGCGUCUGCCCCUUCGAGACGACAGCAACUACUCAGCAGUAUCAAGUCUUCAGGUGAGAAAACUGCUUUAACCCUUCUUUCAACCUCCCGUGGUUUUUAUAACAGCCUAUUACAAUGGAACCUCUACUAACGGACACUGUCAUGAGCAGACAACUUUACUUACGGCUGCCUUCACAAAACCCCGUUCAUUUUCCCAACUCCCAUAUAAACUCUGUAUUUUUACAUUCCCGUAAGCGGCCAGCCCCUGCAGCUACUGAGACCUUUUUCGCGUCCCGAGGGUGUCCGCUUACGAGAAUUUCCACUGUAUAAUUCUUUCUCUGAGUCGUCGUUUUUAUUGUAACCGUCGCAUGUGAACCCAGGUCGAGUAUUGCAGUGAUGAAUCUAGGAGAGGAGACCCGUGUCUCACUACAGACAGGCCCAUAUUGCCGAGAAAAUGUUUUUUUCCUGUAGCGACCCUUAAGAAAAGAGAAGGCGAAGUCAAAUUUGGACUCCGUCAACUGGUACAUAAAUUUCAUCCAAAUAAUUCAUCUCAAGAUCUGAUAUCCCGUAUGGCUUUGAGCUUGUAUAUAUGCAACGGCCAUACCACCAAUUCAUGUCAGAACUCAUCAGCUUGGGGUGGUGAGGGGAGGCUCCCCCCGAAAGAGGUACCUUUCUCAGGCUUCAGUUAUAUGAAAGGGUAGGGAUUUCACUUGUUGAAGUAUAUGAAAGUUUAGGCCCUAUAAGGGCUAACAAAUGCAUUUUAUGGCUGUGGAAAAGUCGAGACAACGUUAUAGUUUUUUUUUAUGUACUCAUAUUAAAAGACUGCAUUUACAGCAGUUUUGAAAAGGCUGCAGAGUUCUAAUCUAAGUACGUGAAAGGGGAACCAUUUUUCAAUACAAGGUAUACUAAAUAGGUACCUUUUCUGUCCAAAAUGGUAUAUAAAAUGGUAAGGGGUUGGACCUCGGGGUGGAGCUACCCCAUAUAAAACGUUUUUGAGUACCCCUCCACAGCCCCCCACCCCCCGCCUUUCGGGGCUCAUAAGCAUCAUUGAACCGUUCCGUUUACUCACAACUGACCGCCGACUGGUAGCGAGGGAAACUGUUAAUUUUGUUUCCCGGGAAUCUCAAUCUCAAUGAGAGGCGGCGUAGCCGAGGAGAACAUUGAGAUACGAGGUCAUCUGUUAUUAAUGUAACAGUUAACAAAGACAGUUUGCUUGUGUAUGUACCUAAAUUUGUCGGAUUUUGGCAGGUAGUCGUGAAGUGUAGUGGUAAGGGAGAAAAAUGUUAGAGCGAACUGGAUUCAGUUUGAAGCAAUUACAGUCGACUCCCGAUCCCCGAUAACUCGAACUUCAAGGGAAAUCGAAGGAAGUUCGAUUUGUCGGGAGCAAAAUUAAUUAUUAUUCAUUGAAAGUAUUUCUCCGUUACUGAUUAGCUAAAGUCACCUGCAUAAUCCAUCAUAACCAGCUAUUGUCGACCAAUUUUGGAAGAAAUUUGCGAUAUGUGAAAAUGACGUCAAUCGUGCAGCAAAUUGCCAGAUUAUUGAAGCGUUAACCGAGAACACCUUGGGAAGAGGUUGAGUUGUUUUGGUAGUGAGUAAACAAAUAGGCGAAGUUUUUGCUAAAAACAUAGCAAGAACAGCCAGAAGGCAGCUCGACUGACGACAUCUGCUAUUUGGAUAAUAUUUGCGGAGCUGAAGAACCCUUUAUCUCCUAAACCCUCGAUCUCGAUAAUUCUUUAGAUGAUACUCGGUCUCAUUCAAUAACAAGACGCUACGGAGCUAGCGUACACUUCGGCGUCGUGGUUGUGGAACUAAUUAAUUGUAAAUGUGGAGGAAUAGUAAGAAAUCAAAUAUGGUAAGAGUAAGAUGUGAAAUUAUGGGAUUUGUCAGGAUAUUCUGAAAAGAGCAACAUCCAAGAGGCCUACUUGCCAAAAACUAGCAUUUCAGGACAAAUUGUCUCCGCGAUAUUAGGCCAGUUAUGCUCUGAGGACUCCAUACAAAUCCUUCUAAAAAACAAUUCUCUAUUUUUCUUAGUCACAUCAGGCGUCAAAAACAGCAUAGCAGUCUCAUGUACUGAUUAAAGAUAUGUAAGGCAUGGGUAAGGAGUCAAUUACGUUGAGCAUGGAAUUGGCUAAAACUCAAAGUCACGGGUUCGAAUGUUUUGAGGAUAAUUAUUCACUGACUAUCAGCACGCAGGGAUGUCGGAUUAACACAAGGAAGUUUAACACCAAAGGAACAUAGCCUUUACAGAGCUUUAAAACACAGCAUCUACCAACACAAACUUGACUUGAACUUUGAGUAAAACUAAACAGACUCUACCAAUAAUAACAAACUCUCACUUGAACUUCAGAUAUCUUACGGCUUCCGGGAACUUGUAAACACAUAGAACCCGAAUAAUCGACCUUCGUCACACUUGACUAAACACAGCAGUCCAGCUCGUGGGAAAAAACUUAGUUCGUCAAAAGAACUCGCUUGGAACCUGUAUACCGUUUGACAUAAGGUUCUAGAAAAUACUAAACAGGCGAAUAGUAGUAGCUUUUCGACAUAUUUUAUGAUUUCAGUAACUGAUGCAAAUCUGCUGACUCAUGCUGAAAUGUAAACAUGGCCUAAUUAAUUAUUCAUGACUAAUCCAAAAGUCACGCAACGCAUGAAAGCAAUUUUACUACGUAACACUCAACAAAGACAAAAUGUCUUUGUGCAGCAUUUUGUAACUUUAAAUUCAUCAUAAAACAGUUCGAAAGGAGGGCUCACUCGUGAAAUGUUUUUCAACACUCGAAGAGAAAUUUCGUGUCUCUGCGCGGCCACGAAAUAUCCUCUAUUUAUUCCUCGAGUAAUUAAAGACUAAACUCGAAGUGAUCUCAAGAUAUCACGAAGUAGUCCGAUCUCAUUUCGUGAAAUAGUUGAAACCAGCCGAAAAGUCACGAACUUGCACGCCCAAUCUUGUCCCGAAACUAGUGCAUCAUUUCAUAACUAUUUUUCCUAUCCCAAACUACCUUGGGUCGCAGUAGCGCAAUCGGCUAAUCCUUCAACUUAGAAUCUCCUCUGAUCUGACGGGUCACACAGGUGAGUCGGUUCAAACCCCGGGAAAGCCAAAAUAAUAAUUCUUUCUUCCUCGAAAAAGUUAAAGAAUAAAUCAAAGAAAUCGAAGUGAUCACGAGAUAUCUCGAACUAAUUCGGCUCUCACUUCGUCAAAUAGCCGAAUAGAGCCGAAAACCUACAGACUUUGCUUGCCCAAUCUUGUCAAAAAAUUGCAACUUUGAUACAUUCCUGAGCGUCGCGAAUCCUUUACUUCGCGCUCCGCCGAAGUAAUAAUAUUGUUAAAUGUGCCGAAAUAAGCAAAUGUAUGGGGACGGAAUGCAGGUAUCAUGCACACUUCACUUCAAGGGCAGCAAGAGAUAUAGAUUGAUAUUUUGAAAAAGGAAUUUUCUAAAAAGCACCAAAGCUUGAUUAGUAUUCAGGGAUAGACACUGAAUUCAAACUGGAGUGACAAAAAGUAAAGACAAAGAACUGACAAGGUUGUUUUGAAAUAAAUUCAGUGCGGUUUUGGACUUCAGUAUACUGUUGUUUUGUUUGUCGACUUGUCUCGUGCUUCUUAUCGGGGGUAUUAGGUAUAUAGAAAGGAUCAAAGGAAAGGAUGUGAAGGGAAACAAAAAUUACUUCGAGUUUAAUACCGAGGGUAAGAUUUCUGUAAAUGUAUAAAGGAAAUCCAGAUGAAAUCGACUUUGAUUCGAGUUAGCGAGGGUUUGGCGACGACACCUAAUAGUUGCAAUAACGUUGUCGUAGGAAAAUGAAAAAAAGAAAAAAGCCAAAUAGGAAUUAAUUAGGUUAAUUAAGCCACAUUCUCAGGCUGGAUUCAUUUGCAGCUAAUGCAUUUUCCCUCAGUCUGGAAUUUUCUAAAUUGUUUUUCAGCUUUAAAACAAGAGCAAAUUCCAACAGGCAAAUAUGACGUCCUUGUGGGGAUGCUGCAUAUGAAUUUGUUGGGCUUAUUACCCCAAUUAAUUCCCAUUUGGCUUUUUCCUUUUUUCGUUUUUCUAAGACAACUUUAUUGCGAUUAGGUGUAUGUCGGGAGUGAACUGUUUAUAAAUCAAUUCACUUGUUAACACCUCUGUUUGUAGGUGGAGCAGCAUCGUUUGGUGGUCAUAGAACAACCGUACAUUCUGCUUUGAUGAGAGCGCAACAACAACAACGAGCUUUAUUUGCGCGAUCGUACAAGUAAGUACCUACAGUAAUGCAGAAACUAUUUAUAUUUAUGUUUUAAGAAUAAUAACUAAAAUUAAUAAUUAAUAAGCAGCUGAAUAAGCAAAGGUUCAGUAAUACACAAACAAGUAUUAAACAACGCAGGCAAGAAAGAACGACGUUUCGGGGUGAUCUUGACGCCAUUUUGUAGUUCAAAAUGCUCGCUUGCUUUUUUGACAGUUUAUCAGCAAGCAUUUUGAACUUGAAAAUGCUCAAGAUGACUCCGAAACUUCGUUCUUUCUUGCCCGCGUAGUUUUUUGCUUGUUUUUUUUGCUUGUUUUGUAUAAAACACGGACUAGGUAUAAAACGCGGACUACGGACUAUGUAUAUAAAAACAGCUUUAGAAGGUAAAAGUGAGAGAAAUAGAAAGCGGACUAGCAAAAACAGUAGUCCCAGCUUUAACGCUGUUCACGUAGUCUAUUCUUUCCACGGAGAAGGAAGUUUAUGCCGGUACUCAAGGCAACUGAAAUUAAACUCUGAAUUUUAUAAAAAGAAGGAGUUUGAAGAGAUUUCAAUUUGCAGUUUUACACCAGUAAGAAGCACCGAAUUAAAAAAAAAUAGUAUUGGUGUUAGUCAGAUCAGUAAAAUUCUUAUCGGAUGCCACAAUUCCGUUUCAAAUAAAGCCUUGGGAAUAUGAGGACUGAAUGAAGAACUCAGACGAGAAGGUCAAUGCGAUGCACAAAAGCAGUAUUUAGAUGCGAGGGAUUACUCACAUACGUGAAUAAUAACCGAAAUGAGUCAUCCAACGUUAUAAGCGAUGAUUAUGAUGACAUGAUUUACACCCUGCUCCUGAUCCCCGGAAGGGUUACUACUGGGAAUUCUUGGUGAGGGUGUAGCGCCCGGUUCUCCGAAUCCUGACCUUAUAGCAGACCAAAAAAUUGUUAUUUUCCACACCCGUUUUCAGACUAGAUCUCUAAAAUCCAUACCCACUUUCGGACCUGGCCUAAUUUAGCCUGUUCCCGGUUCUCAGAUAGUUGGGGAGACUCCCCAGUUUUCUCCCGUUUUAUUUUCGUGUUUUCGCUUUCUCAAUUCAGCGGACCCAAAUAUCUCAGAACCUUGAACAGGUUAGGUCUAAUUAGGCAGAAAUUUUGUCAUCAUUACCAAGUUAGAGCGGAAACAAAAAAAUUCUGCAAAUGCAUUUCGAAUUCGCACAUUUCAAUUUCGUUCUUAUUCAUUUGGAAUUGAAACGAUAAAUACGUCCAUUCGUGUACGCUCCCGUAGUUCCCUCGAAAACCAUACCCGAUUCCACACCAAAAUGGGCAAAGUGUUUUCAGACCAAAAAGGCCCAAACCCCCUACCCUUCCAUUAUAGAAGGGAGUACCAUCCCUGAUCCUGACCCCUUUCAUGAUUGUUAGAGACGAAGACAAGGUCUAAAAAUGGGUGAAGAAAAUAGCAUUUUGAUCCGGCUCAUGAUUCAGAGAACCGAAGAAUUUAUAGGAGUAUUUACAACUUUAGCUCACGUGUUAUUUAGCGAUCUUUUGAUCUUAUUUUUCCUUACCUAGAACCAAUUUGCACGGUUUUUACCAAAGAAGUCCGUAGUCCGUAUUUUAUACCCAGUCCGCAGUCCGCAGUCCGCGUUUUAUACCUUGUCCGUGUCUUAUACCCCGUCCGUAUUUUCUAGUCCGCGUUUUAUACCUAGUCCGUAUUUUAUACCCAGUCCGCAGUCCGCAGUCCGUGUUUUAUACUGACCGAUUUUUAGGCUGUUUGACGGCUGGCGGUUAACCCCACAGAGACCCUCUUACAGGUAACUGGGUAAUACUUGGAAUGAGAGUCUUAACUUUAUUGGAAAAAUUAUUCCUAAUCAAAAAGUAUUUACAACAAUCAAUGCAAUGAUUGCAGAGGGAUGACAAUGCAGACGGAUAUUCCUGUUGCAGUCAGUGAAGGAGUAACCAAUCGUGCUUGUGAUUCAGCUGUCUCUGAAACGGUUGGAGAAUGUGGGUCUGUCGCUUCUCCAGAAGCGACGCUUCUCAGUGAGUGGCGCGAGUCAGCAGGGGUGGCCCGAGGGGGGUCUCCAGGUGAGAAGGCUGGUUUUAUUCCUUUCAUAUUCUCAUCUCUAGAGCGCGUCGAGCGUGGGGCCACGUGAAGUAUUAUUAGAGGGUCAAGAGGCUUAACGAACUCACGACGACGGCAGCACAAACUUCACUGAAAAUGUGAAUUUGUGUUCUUGAAAGUUAUCGCAAUUAUUUCAACCUUCUCUGAGGAUUAUAUAGGUCAGUUUCCGAGCUGAUUUGUUGGGCUAUUUCGCGUUAGUAAAAUCCAACAAGCGAUCUAUUAUCAAUGCUGCGUUCUGAUUGGUUGAGCUACUACUAGACUUUAUGUUAUAGCCCACUCGUAGCGAAAGGCGCCGACUUUGAAAACCAAAACAAUGGCGGCUGAAUCGCAUUUUGCUAGCUAAAGUUGUUUUGUCUCGAUAUUCUUGACCAACUAGUUGGAUUUUACUCCUCUCGCCCUCAUGGCCUCUGAGUCAAUAACUCAUUCGGCCUUCGGCCUCAUGAGCUAUUGACUCAGAGCCUAUUCGGGCUCGAGGAAUAAUUGUUAAUUAUUUCGGGUUCAACGGGCCAUUUGGUGGCGAAUUAAGAAAUCAACAGAGGACCACACUCGAAAGGAUUGAUAUGAAGUUAGGUCGGUUUAAUUAGCGAAAGAAGAGAUGAAAUAUAAACAUGUGUGAUCUUUGAAUGGAACCUCCUAUUCUGGAGACUAGACCUUGCCUUGCCUAAUUUAGAGAAAAAACGGAUAUAAGUUUUGAGGACCUUGCCGGUCUCGUCAAUAAGAUGGCGAUCCCGCGACACGGCCCGCAAAACAAAUUUAAAAAAUUAUACAAUUACGGACACAAAAUAUCAAAACGGUUUACACAAGCAGAUUAUAGCAACAACAAAGUUCACACACUUGCGAUAAGUAGCGAUAUUGUUAGCUUCUUUCCUCGACCUCGCUCGUCCUAAUAACUGUUGUAUCCCUUACUAAUUUGCGCAAGCGACCCGAGGCUCUUGCCCGUUACUAUGCGACGUCACACUGGUAGGCGGAGUGGGUAAAGAAACGAAGGUGGAAAACAAUAGAGUCACCCCCAACCCCCUCCAACAAUAGAGUCAUCCCCCCCCCGGUCUGAAUUACCAUUUUAGUGACUGAUGAAGUAUGAAAGAACAUCAGUUCUCAGUUUAGGCCGUUGUCAGAGUGAGGGCAUAGUUUUUUCUUAAACGGACCGGCUUAGCCAAACUGCCGGCUUAGCCUUUGGCUUAGCCUGAUAAGUAACAUUUCUUUUCGUACUCAUAAUCUUUGGCACCCGGAGAAGAACUGAGAUUGGUCGGUAAUUAUUCACAUCGCUCCUUGCUCCUGAUUUGAAAAUAGGUGUUACUCUUGCAUCCUUCCACUCAGAUGGAAUAAGUCCUGUCGAAAUAGUAAGGUUAACCAGAUACGUUAUCGGUUUAGCUAUAACUGGAGUAACUGGAGCUGCAUCCUUCCAAAGUCUCGCAGUGAUACCAUCAGGACCUGAGGCUUCUGUCACCUUGAGUUUAGACAGCUCUUCAAAACAAAGUUAGUUGACACCUUUUGAAGAGCAAAGUUUUGCGCAACUCUAGGAGUAAAAGCAGUCUGUUCUUACUUUUGUAAUGACCACAUGGAUUGUCAGCAACUGACGUGAAAAACUCAUUAAAGCUAGUAGCCGUUAAAGUUUCGGAGGCUGGGGCAUUCGCAGUUUUGUGUUGCUUCUUGUUUGGUAAAAGCUCGUUCAGAGUUUUCCACAAUUUACGCGAGUCCUGUUUUUUGACAUAGCUGAUUUGAAUAAUACCUGGCUUUUUCCUUACGAAGUUUCAUCGACACAGCGUUACGCAACCUUUUGCAUCUGCCCCAGUGAAGUUUUUUGUUAGUUUUAAUGGCUUUUUUGUGACGGAUGAUAAUCGUUCUUUUUCAUCAAGUCCUUUAUAGUAGCUGUGAUCCACGGUAAAGAUCUCCCGCGCAUGCACACGACGAUUGACUACUGGAGCAUUACUAUCAACAACAGUCAUAAAUAAAUCCUUAAAAGAAUUUUUGUAAAACAAUGUUUUAUCUAUCGUAUUUAGAUUAGUAAAUUUUGGAUAUUUAAUUGUAAGAUCUUAACGGUCCCCCCCCCGCAUAUUGGUCGGUCAGUUAUCUCUUGUUAAAUACUUGGCCUGGAUAUUAAAUUCACUUUCCAUUUUCAUUAUACUAACCCUCUCCCCCACCGGUCCAGUUUAGUGAAGCAUGUGCAAUGUAGUUGUCUGAAGCAUACAGGGGCACCCAACGACGGUUUCCUCCUAAAUACAUUGAAAACACUUUUAAGACUGUCCAGAGUACUAAGCAUUCUGAGCGGCUCUAUAAAAUUUGUAUCUGUUCGGUCAUCCAAGGGGAACUUGAGUCUUUUCGAAAUAACAAGGGCUACAGUAUUAUUUUCCCGAAAAUCUUAGAUGCAAUUUAACGUAUUACGAAAGUAAGGAUUUUAGUGAUUCCUUUCUCCAUCACAUUUUUGAAUCCGAAAAUUUUAGGUUGCCUUUUUUCUACGAAAAAUAUAAUAACCUGUAGAGUGAAAUGUGAAAAAUUAAACUUUAGAAAAUCGUAGGGAAUUUAUUAGAUAAGCCUCAAGAAUUGUACACGAAUGGGACGGUCGACAUCUAGAAAUUUUUAGCCAUCUUCAAGUAAUAGAAAAUUUUAGGCUACAUGUGCUUCUCCGAACAGAUAUUUUACUGAAAACAGUCGCUGGGUGCCCCUGAGCAUAGGCAAAUUCGAGGGUAAAUCGAUCAAGGACUGUGUUAUCCACUUCCUUUCAGACCGUCAGGAGAUAAUGACUGAAGAGGAAAGAACAAACAAGAAAGUAAAUGUGGAAGAACUUGAACGGAAAAUGCUUGGAAGAAGAAGAGGAGCGGUAUCGAAUCGGACACAACGUGACAGAAAUGAAACCAUGGAAAAAAUCUUUGCCAAACAAAACCCGGUAAGGACUGUGAUAUUUUUUCUUUCUUUAAAUCAUAACGCAGACGUCUUUAUGCCGCGAGUCUUCCUUGGACCGUUCUACCGGCAAACAAUGGUGUUUGGGGAUUGAAACGAGCGCCAAGAAGUGGUUGAAGACAAUUUUGAGAUUUCAUCUUCGACCUUAAUGCAUCAGACAAUAUCAGAUUUUGAUUGAAUAUUUUUGCACCUGUAUAUUCGAACUUUGUGGUAGCGUCUACGAAGUCAGACGCGGAUAUACUAAAAAAAAUGGUUUUAUUCACAUCAUACUGCCUCGCAGUUAUCUAUCUCAGGUCACGUGUCUAAGCACCAAGUGUGAAGAUAGCCCUUAAAUUUGUUGACGCGUGUGGCCUGGGUACGAUUUUUCACAUUUCACAGCUGCUCAGUUGGGAGAGCGCUGGUCUUGUGAGCGAGAGGUCGCGAAUUCAAACCCCGGCCAGACUAACAUUCAGGGUCUUUAAAUAACUGAGAAGAAAGUGCUGCCUUUAAAAUGACAUCUGCAAACAGUCUAACUUUCUAGUCUUCUCGGAUAAGGACGAACAACUGUAGGUCCCGUCUCACAGCACUUUCGCUUGUCUGGUUCUUGUGUGACGUAAAAGAACCCACGCCACUGUUUGAAAAGACUAGGGGACGUAAACCCUUGUGGUGUGACCAACCUUUCCCGGGCUGGGCAUAGGUAACCCAGGCUCUGUGACAGUACCACCAAACGGACGAACUUGGACGAACUUUCUCAUUUCUGAUACACCUUGUAUCGACAAUUAUCAAUUUAUGCUCAAGGUCCUUAAGCGACACUGAGGUUUCGCUACGGCAGAAAGGGUUAAAUUUCGCAAUAACGUCAACUAGUUUCCCAGCCACUAGUCAAGUCUACUAUAAGACCACUUGACAUAGGACAAUCCGACUCAGUUAAGAGAACUGUUUAUAAUCUUCGCCAGAAGGUAAAGCUACGUAAGCCUAAUAUAACUAAAGACAUGAAAAAAACCCUCAAAAACUUGAAGGAGGAUAACACUAUUUUGGUUCUCGCGGCUGACAAAGGUCGCGCCGGCGUAGUAUAAGUAUAAGACACUGAGACGCAGUGUUUGUAACGAUAUUUUACAGGAUGGUUUCUGGAAUGUGGAUGAUCUAUCUGUCAUUGGCAUCAGCAAGAGAAACUUCAUCAAUUUUUUGGGAAACGCAGGUGCUAGAUCUCUUGGUGAGUUGGCUCCUUCAUUUGUUGCCUACUUUUUUGUAGUUACUCGCGGACACGAUAUGGUCCGCUGAGUUGUAGAUGUGAAGAAACGUUUUAGUAUGGUUCGUACAAUCUUGAAAAGGUCUUGAGUUUUAGUAGUCGUCUCGAAAAGUCCUUGAAAUUCACUGCUUUGUUUACGCCACAUCAGUCUCUGUGAAAUUAGAUUCUAGAGCGUAGGAAAAACAAAAGGUGCAAAGCAGAGAAAAAGUUCAAUGGAGUGGAAUGAAAAUAAAUGGUCGGUAUUAACAGCGGAAGCAACAUGUUCACGCUGACCCCUUUAUAAACCUUGCAACACUCCCCCCCCCACUCUCAAUCUCGGUUCAAGUUCUUACAGGGUUUCGUGGUGGCUGCGCAUUCUAAUGCAGUUACUGGAUCCUUUACGACUUCCCCCUGGCGUCGACCCUCAUGGGCCCUGGCAUGGAGAAUUGUCCAAAUACAACAUCAUUUGCGAAUAAGUAAUCUCAUGUAUAUAGCGCUAGAUGGGAAUUCUUUUUACAAGCUGCCCCUUGAUCGGUUUUGCACUGAUACGUUAAUCAAUCUGGUCGCCUUUUCGUAGUAACGCUAGUAAAAAGUGAAAAGCAGUAUGUCAUAUUCAGCGACCCAAUGUAGCCCUCCAGACUUACUGGGUGUGUUCGUUGUCGUUCAAAACACUUCGUGUCGUUCCUUCUUUUCACGGGACUGUCACUCUUCAUACCUUAAACUGUAACGACCGCGGGAACAAUUUACUUCUAUUGUACACCUUAAAAACCUACAAUUAAGUGUCUGCAACCGGCUUAAUUAUCUCUCGUAUAUAUGGUACUUAUUUAGCAAAAUGUUUGUCCAGAGGUUUUUAAAGCAGUUUCUUACAUGCGGUUUUUCAGCGAGGAAGCACACACUUCCAAACUCCACGGUAUGGCCAGUAACUUACGCAUGCGUACAGCCAUAUCAUAUCAUCAUACUUCAUAUCCUAUGUUUGUCACGUGACUCCCGUUCUUGAAAUAGUGAAAAAAGUAGCUCUCUUAUUUACAUUUUUCAGUUUUUUCUCUCUUUAAAAAUCUUACAGGCCCAAAAGUGUUUGAACUGGCACUGCAGCUUCUGUCAACCUUGGUCAUAUUGGCAUUUAUUAAACUCCGACUCUCGAUCGAUAUACCAUUGUCGCUUCCAUUUGGCAAAAAGCGUGAGGUAUUUUCAAGUGUCCACUUUUAUUUUAGUGUAUCAUAAAGCAUUAUUUUCAAAAGAAAUACACGGCACCAAGAAGAUACGAAAUUUCUCUUCGAGUGUUGAAAAACGAACGAGUGAAAUUUCGUAUCUCCAAGUGACCAUGUAGUGUUUUAUUUACUGUAUAAACAGCAAUGAAAUACCAAACCAUUUCACUCAAAUAGUUUUUUGCUUUGAAAGGCGCGAUUUAUUAUGUAGCCAUAGCAACGGUGAUCUUGUGAACAUGUGAAGAUAACAUGUUCUUUUCACGUGUGAGAAGAUGCGUGUGAAGAUGUCAUGUUUUCGCGCGAAAGCUCACUUGCUAUUUCAUUCUCUAUAGUUGAAUCCCCCAUAAUAAACCCUGUUUGCCCCCCUAAUUUUGUAUAAACCAUUGUUUUGAAAUGUUCCUGGGAGUACUGCAUUUUCCCAAGAGCAUUUGAAGACAAUAACUUAUGCAAAAUUUGGGGGGCAACAGAGUGUAUUAUGGGGGAUUCGAAAAUAGUCAAUAGGCCACUUCCGAAUUCCAGAACCUGGCCAAUUCUGCUAUUUCGCCUUCGCAUCGCCGGAAACUCUUUCGCAAUAUUUUUUAUUUCUGCACUUAUUAAUUCUUGGCGUCAAUUAUUCAUCUUCAAAAUUUGGUCAACAGCAGCCUGUUAUGUAUAAUUAGCCGGGGGAUUAGAGUAAGACAGAAACGGCAAAAUAUUGCAAUGAAUAAUAAUCUCACUUAUCUUGUUCUCAUUCUAACAUUUAUUUUAGUUGAAGGUUGAUGGCCUAGGAGAACCAUACUCCAGGAACAUCACAGCAGCGCUAAGAUGGAUCAAAAUUCAAGAACAGAAAAUACCACUGCUUUAUUCAAGACUUGAGUUUGGGGUGAAUUGGGAUGUAGCCACGAGGAACAUAGUCCAAGAAAUGGCUGUUUAAAAGAAAAGUUGAGAUCAGGCAUAAAAACUAGAGAAUUACAGCUUUAAAAAUGUUCGUAUUUGUUGUUCCAAGGUAUUUCAUAACUUCCAUGGCACAGUGUAAUUCUUUUGGAGAAAACGGUUAAUUUACCCAUUUCAUUUUGAGUUGUUGUUUUUGGAGGUAUUGUGUUGCACCAAGGCUUUAUGAGGGACCCCAAUACUCGUGGAUUUCCUUUAUUUGAAGCUCGGUAUUCGGGAAUGCCAAAAAUAGCCAUCGGGAUUACGAGAUUGAGGAACCCUUUUGAGGACCUUCCUUUAUGUUGUCUUGGUUGCACUCGAUAAGCCACUGUUCAUGAAGUGCCCGAAUUCCUGGAAUUCUGAUAUGAUGAUCCAUAGGACACCGCAGAGGUAUCCGGUCAUAUCGUUAUGGUUUAAAUAUAGUAUUCAGCGUGCAAAGAAAGUCGUGUCCGAUAGCCCGGGGCAGGGGGGGCUGGCAGCGAGGUCUGGAACCGAGUUUACAUGAUCGCCCCAGUUAAGAAAUUUGGCCGAGUGAUAUGGAGGCCAGUUCUGGUCAAAAUUAAUAUAAUAAAAUGGCAUCACAAGUGACUUUUUCGGCCAAUGCAGCAUUUAUUAUGGACCC